AUGGAACGAGCAUGGUUGCUGCUCCUGCUGACUGCAAAGUUUCUCACAGUGACCGCGCAGUUCAAUGGAUACAACUGUGAUGCCAACCUCCACAGCAGGUUUCCUGGUAAGUGUUAAUUGAAACAUAUUAAUUAUAAGUCCUUUGUUAGCUUGUUUGUAGAGACCACAAAGCUUUAAAGUAAAUGAAGCAUUUGGAACAAACUCCUCAUUAACUAACUAAUGGUGAGUGAAAUUCCUCUGAAGUAGCACAGAGCUUGCUACCCAUGGGCGCAGCUACCCAUAAUAACAACAGGGUUUCAUCCUCUUUCGUGAAGGCUGAGUUUUGUGUGUUAAUUCACUAUGCACAGAAUACUUGCACAGAUUGCUGUUGACAAUAUUUAAAAUGGAUUUUCUUUCUUUCUAGAAGUAUAGGAAGCGAUUUCCUUAGGCCCAAACAAGAUAUGGCAUCAUUCAAGCAAGGUUUAUUUUUUAUAGAGUAAAUACCUAAUGUGCCACCUCCCUGAUAUGGAUUGGGAUUGUAGCAGAGGAAUGUGUGUGCCAAAAUGUCACCUAGCCCUAUCAGGAUUUCAACCUGAAUUUGAUUUCCCCAUGGCUGCUAUUUAAUCCUAAAACCCAAAAAACCUCAACCCACCUGUUCACGCUGACUAUAGUUAGCAAACUACAGUUUCCAUGAUUUUUGUGUUGGGGGUGGGUAGCCCAAACUGGUAUGAUACUGCUUUAUAUGCAUAGUGCAGAAGGAGGUCCUUGUCACUGUUCAAGGACACAUUCUAACCAGACAAAAGCACUCAAGAAGGACACAGAGCAGGACAAGUGAAGAUUGUGGUUUGGGGAGAGAUUAGAGCAUUGAACAGAUUAGACCCUUGCUAGAGAUUUGCUUCCUUUGCUUUAGUGAAAGUAAUAGAUCUUAUCAGGGCUUUUUUCAGCCGUAACUCGCUGGAACUCAGUUCCAGCACCUCUCAGGUGGGCAUCAUUGCCAUUAUAAGAGAACAAGGGACACAAGGGAGGUGUUCAUGGUGAGUUCUGGCACCUUUUUUUCUAGAAAAAUAGGACUGGAUCUUACCAAAAGGUACAACGCAGGUAGUUGCCUUUAGUAUGUAUGAAACAGACGUGUUUCUGAUUCUUCUAUUACGUUAUGUAAAUAGGAAUAGUUUCUUCUUCUUCUUCUUCUCCUUCUCCUCCUCCUCCUCCCUUUUCAAAGCAGCCAGUUCCUAAGCAUGCUUUUUCCUUUAUCAAACUAAGUAUGAAAAUAGAGUCCAGAUUAUGUAGAUAUUGGUCUCUGUAGACAGAAUGUUUGAUUGUGAUUGAUGCCCACUGAGCUCUAUGCACCAUAGUAGGCAGAAGUGUACCAGUAGCAUUCUUGUCUGGAUGAGGCUGGACCAGGAAGAUGCUCUCGGAAUGUGACUAGAGUAAUGCACUGCACUCUGGUUGACUCUGAAAAGUGUUCAGAAAUGUAAACUGCUCCAGAAUACAGUGACAAGGUUGUUAACAGAAGAUACUAUAUUCAACACAUAUUAAAAGAUCGGUGUAGGUUAUCAAUAUGUUUCUAAGCUUGCCUUUGAAGGGAUUAGGAGAUGAAUAUUCGAAGGAUCAUUCAUCCAGGUCUUCAUUGCAGGCCUUGCUUUGGGUGCCCCCUACUUUGUGGUUAUGUUGCUAGGGCAUUUUCAAUGGAAGACCCUCCCCUGAAAGGUCAGAUUAGCAUCUGAUUUUUUUAAAAAGAAGUUUCUAUAACCUUUUAAUUAUUUGUGAUAGAAUUGGUUGAAAUUUCCACCUACGUUUGCACCCUUUGAGACCAUGAAUCCUGCUGCAGUUCCAAAAGAGUUGUUUUCUUGUAAGCACAUCAAUUGCAGUUUUAGGGUGGGUUAAAAAGGAACUGCUUAAUAUCCUGUGGUGUUUUGUGGGCAAUUUGCUAACAUUUAGGACUUGUACUGCACCUCUUCCUUUCCCUCAAAGGUUAACAUGUUAUGCACUAACUCCCUCUUGAGGGGUAAUAAAUAGUGGUGUUCAAUAUAAGGAGAUUGUCCUGAUGGUGCAAGUAUUUCUUUCCUGAAGGAAUGAUCUCUCAUCUCCUACCUCUGCAUGCUGUUCUGAGGGUUCACCUGAUCCUCCAGAAAAGGUGGGGAGAAAUGGUGUUUCUGGAAGGAGGAGAGGGUGAAUAAAGUUCCAUUGCAUGAGCAGGAGUUCUUCCGGUAGCUUCCAACCAGGACUGGCUGGUUGAAUCUGGCCCAUUAUUGAUUUGUUUUCACCAGAAGUAGUAGCAACACAAGAGUAUACCUGGGAGUCACUCUUGAAGUAUGAUUGGAGAGAUGGCAUUCUUCACCUGCUUUUUCACUUAUUUGAUGAGACUUCUGCCUGAGUGGUAGCAGCUCAAUAUUUUGUUUAGUAUGUAAUGAGGAUCUCACUAAAGAUAUAGAAAGGGGCUGGAGAAAACUUGUUUUUCAAUAUCAGAUUUUCAAUGCUGUGUUCAAAAAUAUGCACAUUUACUUAAAUAAAUAAAAUGGGGUUACAUGUGAAUGUUAUGCUCAACUUUGCAUUUCAUAAUUAAGCCCAUUAAUAGAUGCACUGGUGGACCUGGCACUGAUUUAUAACCAAUGAGGUGCCCUCUAGAAGGUGCCCUCUAGAUAUUGUGAACUACAACUCCCAUAAUCUAUCAUCAUUGACUAUUCUAGCUGGACUGAUGGUAGCUGUAGUCCAAAAUACCUGGAGAGUACCACAUUGGCUAGUUAGCCUAGAACCAACUCCAUGAUUACAAAUAGGAAACUGGAACAAACAUUGUGCAAUAACAUUAUGAACACAACAUUGUGAGUUAUUUCCUUAAGUUUUCAGAAGUGUUACACCUAUUUCUUCAUGCUUAUUUUGUUAGUGGUAGCCAGUUUUUAGGAAGGUGUCUGCCAAAAUAGGCAUUUAUUGCCUAUAGAUAAUUUCAGAUCUUUAUUUUGAACAAGUGGUCACAGUUACUGCCAAGCCCACAAAGGGAUCAGCAGCUAAUUUGCCACCAUGGGUUGCAUUUGGAAAGACUGUAAAAAUAAAGCUGAUUCUAGACUUCACCUAAUGUUUCUGCUGGUGAUUUAAUGCAUCACAAAAAAUAUAGUUCAAUCAUGCUUCUACAACUUUAUUGAUUCAAUUAAAGGGACAAUAAUACUGGUGAUUAAUUUUUAUCAUCAAAUUAGCAAUAGUGAUACAUAGUGUAUGCUUGGGGAUUCCAAACACUUAUGGACUAUCCUUUCCAUCAUGCUGUAACCUUUGAAUUAUCAUGAACAUAGGAAGCUACCUCAUAUCUAGUCAGGUUAUUGGUCAAUCCAGCUCAGUAAUAUCUACACUGAUUGGCAGCAGUUCCUCAAGUUUUUUGACCUGGCAGUAGCGGCUGGACAGUCAGGGUGGGCAUUGUGGCAUUGCUUACUUGGCUUUAAGAGAGAGAGCCAGUGUGGUGUAGUGGUUAAGAGUGGUGGACUCGUAAUCUGGUGAACCAGGUUCACGUCUCCACUCCUCCACAUGCAGCUGCUGGGUGACCUUGGGCCAGUCACACUUCUCUGAAGUCUCUCAGCUCCAUUCACCUCACAGAGUGUUUGUUGUGGGGGAGGAAGGGAAAAGGAGAUUGUCAGCUGCUUUGAGACUCCUUAGGGUUGUGAUAAAGCGGGAUAUCAAAUCCAAACUCUUCUUCUUCAAAACACCAUGUGUCUCUGCUGGUUACUGAAAGGGAGAUAGGCAAGUCAGCAGAAAGCUCAGUGUUACAGUGGUGCAGCCAAUCUGAUGAUGUUGUUGCUGCUGCGCUUGCACCACACUGAGCUCCCUGUUGUCUUGCUCCGCUACUUCUCCCUCUCAGUAACGGACAGAAAUAUGUAGAAUUGGAAAACCAGGUGAGAAAUCCCACACCACCCUGCUGGCCGCAACUGAGAUGGAAAUCCUGAGUGGAUGACACUUGAAAGCUGGCCUGUGAGCACAAUCCUGAUACUUACUCAUUCACUACCAUAUAUACACAGAUCAAAUAUCUGAACGGGAUUAAUGCAUUUAAAUCUACCCUGCAUUUCCAUUUAUUGUUGGUGAUAUUUUAGUCCAUUGCACUGUGUAGGUACAUAAGAACAUAUUGUCACAUGGCACCCCAAUCUCCAUGAGCAGGGUGAGAUUCCAGGGGUUUCAGGUGCUUAGCCAUGGUUUGUGUUUCCUUCAGAAAUUAGGCAUAGCAGAGACUGUAGUGUCUUCAUGAUAUAUGGUUUUAUAUGCACACAUAUACAACCUGCACCUAGAUGGAGGAAUUGCAGAGCAUGCACAUCCUAUGAGGGUCUGGUUUCCCCUUUAAGGGUAGAAUUGGUUUCAAAUGACAGCAGAAAGCCACUCUCUUAGUUCCAGCUCACAUGGAGUUCUGCCCAUCUAUCUUCUUCUCGCUGCUAACUCCAUGGACCUUCCCCCAGCCACAAUAUUCAAAGUUGAAACCCUAAACCUUGCCUCUGCCCCUGCCCACUAGCACCCAGCAAAGAAGGAGCCCAACUCCCCUUUGCCUGGCAAUCUUCCUCUCUGAUGGUUUCUUUAAUGGGUUAUCACUAGCCUUCAUCUGCUGAACUGGCUUGACUCAUUAGCCAGCGGAUUUCCGUCUUUGGCAAAGUUUAAUCAAACCUUGAUUAAUUCUAACUUUUACUGAAUCCAGGAAUUAGGAGGAGGAUAUGACACCAGGAAUUUAUCACAAUCUGCCCCCCUCUAAAAAACCCAUAACAGUAUGAUGCUGAGCCAGAUAGCUGUUCAGACCAACCAGCAAUGUCUACUCUGACUGGCAGUCACUCUCCAGGGUCUUAGGCACAGGUCUCCUUAGCCUUUCUGAUAUCUAAUUCUUUUAACUGCAGGUGCCAGGGAAUGAACCUGGCAGCUCUUGAAUAAAAAACAUGUGCUGUGCCACUGAGUUAUUGCUCCUUCCUUUAGGGUAUUGUAAGAAUGGAUUCUAGGAUUGAUACUACCUCCCACAGAAACCCAUUAUGAAGCUGAUCUAGAGACAAUUGCCAUUUCAUGCAAUAUGUAGAAGGAGCAGUACAUUUACUUUAGACAUUCAAGUCUCCUUAUGUUGUCAAAAAUGUAGCAUGACAAUUCAUCCUGGCAGUCCUAGUGGUAAUAACUAACAGUUUUCCGGCACUUUAAGAGUGCUAAAUCAUUAAGAAGAUCUAAUAACUUCCCCUUUAUUUAAAUUAAUGAUCCAUGCAGUGGAGCACAAAGAAUAAUUACAACGUGUAAAGAAUUAACAAAGGCUCCGCUAUGUUCAACAAUAUUUACCCCAUCUUACGGGCACUGAACAUUGCUCUAACACUGCAGUGGUUGGCUCUUGAUUAUGAUGUAUUAUGUUUACAACUGGAGUCAUAAAUAUAUCCAGGAGUCAUAAAUAUAUCCAGGAUUUCAAUACAUUUUAAGAUAUUUUCAGUCAUCUUACUUUUCAGCAGGACUUCCACUGUUCAUUUAAGACAAUACUUCAGUGAAAAUACACAUUUGAGAAUUCUUUAAAAACUAGCUCAAAUUCUUGGUAUCCACUGAGCAUGAGCAAACUGUAUUGGCAACCCAGAAGACUUGCACAGCUUUGACAUUUCCCCUGCUUAAUAGAAGUCAUCUGCAUAACAAGUUGCUCUGAAACUCAAGUGAGAUCCAAACACAAUCUGCAGUGCAACAUUAUAGCACUCAUUCAGCCAAUCAAAGUCAAUAGCCUUGAUAUGCACGUGAAGCACAGUAUAUGUGAGAUCUGGUUGAACAUUUUAUUUUGUGCACAACCAAUCGAACAUUGGGGCUGGAUCAAUACUGAUCUGUAAAAACCCUAUAUUAAAAAACGUAAUAUAGCUCUCAAUGCAAUUUUGCAUUGAUGACGGAUUGCUGCUCUAUAGCACCGUCUGGUGUAAAUUUUUAUAAUGCAUUUUUAACAUAACUGACCAGUGUAGAUUAGUUUCUGGAAUGCUUUGGACAAUCUUGGCAUAAUCCUUUGCUCUUAAACAAGGCAAAAGUAUGAGAGUACGAUACUCCAGCCAUCUUUUAAGGAGCAGUUCCUAUGGAUGAGCCCUCAUGACAUCUGCUCCCGCACCUGGAAUAAGAGACAGGACAUAUACAGUGUUCGAAACUCCCAUUGUUCUAGGCGCAUUUUGCGACAGGGAAUUUCAUUAGUGCAAGCAGUUUCUGAGCUCUGGGUGCAGUACUGUGCCUAAGAUUUCAGGCUGAAACUGCAGAGUGGAAGGAGGACCUUUUUCUGUCUCCCCACUUCCAGCUACUCUCUGAAGACUGUACAACAGACCCUCUUAAGAAUAUUAGGGGGGUGGGCAGGAGAAGGACUAAUCCAUGUGAAAAAUGAACAUAAUAUUUUAGCUGCAUUUCAUUCAUUUUCAGCUUUGUAUUCUUGUUAUAAAAAAAGCGUGCCUAGACAUUCCGUUGUUGCACCCAUAACCUAGGUUUAAGGUGCCAUUUAGCUCCUAGCUUUCAUAUCUCAGUUUCUAACACUGGACAUAUAUCAUUUGACUGAACUGGAGCAACAAAACUGAACUGCAGAGCAGACAAAUCAUUGGAUGCUGGCAGGAGCCACCUAACAGAGCUCAGCUCCAGCUAUGGACAAGCUUAACCUUGCUGCCUUGCUCCUGCUUCCAAGCUAUGGGUAAGCAGAGUCUUGCUGCCUAUCCCUGCUUCUCAGUAUCUGCCACCUAAGGCAGCCACUUCACUCUGCCUAAUGAUAGAGCUGGCAUUGCUUGGAGAAGCAUGACAUUCAGCUAAGGAUGUACAUUCAAAUGAGCAUCUGCAUCGGGAUCACAGAGGAGAAAGAAAGGUGUUUAUAUGAAUGUUUUCUCUCUGAAUAAUGCAAUGCUGAGUGUUAUUCUUAAAAUUACAGCUGUAAUGACUAGUGGGCACUGCUCUCAAGUGAAGCUGAUAAGGAUUAAGGCAUUAAUAUAGAGGAACCAAGGAUUACUAUAAUAUUUUCAUAGCAUUUGCUGAUUUAUUUUCUUUUAUUUCUAAUAGUUCCUAAUAAUGUGUGUAUCGUUUUCUAUCACCUACCUAUUCCACUGUGCUGCUUGGAAUUCUAAAUUGCUAUUAAUAGCUGCUGUGUACACUUCUGGAGCCAAAUGAAUUGGGUGCUCAGAAUACUUGCUCAUCUGCAUCCUACAUUAAAUGAGAAUAUCAGCGAGCAAAAUGUGAGAAGAAAUAUUGUUUCCAAGGGCUAAUUUUUGUGUAAAGGCUGCAUAACGGUUCCUCGCAAGAUUUAAAAAGUGCAUAUACUACAUCAUAUCGGGUUGCUUGAAAGCUUUGAAUGCCCCAUUUAAUGAAGCCAGCUUUUUCAUUAUGAUUCUUCUACACCUAACCUUUUGUUCAUGUAAUGCUGCAUUAAAUGUCUGCUGUUUUGCAUGGACCUUGGAAUGGAAUGUGAUAUGCAAAAUACGAGUGGUAUCAAUUUAUUGCCACAUUAAAGCUUUUUGGGGUGCAUUUGCAUGUUCACCAUGCUCAUCCCCUGAGGGGAAAAAGGCCCUGAAUGUGUGUGAGAGGGGAGAGUCUCUUGUUCCUUUCCACAAAUGAAGGAUGUAUAAAAAUGGUAAAACAAAGUCACAAAGCAGGCAAGGGAUCGUGUGUGCAUGUGUGUAUUCUAGUUGCUGCCCUAUCAUGCAUGAAGUACCAUGUGAUGCUCCUAAGGUAUUAAGAUAAACCAAUGGGUCUUUGCUUUGAAUUUUGACUUUUACAGUGUUGUAGUUGGUUAGGGUGUAAGAGAGCGGUGUACCGGACAGAGAACACAGGAAAGGGUGGCUUCAGGACUUUUCAGAGAAGGUACAAUGAUGUAAUCAGCUGGGGCAACAGGGUAAUCGGUGGACCAUCCUUGUGCUUGCCAGUGAAUGUGAUGAUAAGGAGGCUUUCAUGUUUUUCAGCUAUUUGUGACAGAUUAGCAUAGAGGAAGUCAGAGAACGAGGGAAAUUAUCAGGCCUUUCCUUUGGUAGGGUUCCUACUCCAAAGCCGUGGCUUGUAUGGUAAUCUUUUCCUUGCAAGAUUGCUUCCAUUUCUAAAAGCCAGUUUCAGCAGACUGAAUAUCUUUUGUUAAAGCUCAGGGUUUUCUACAUGCUUAUUCUCUAAAUAUCUACAGUCAUACCUCGGGUUACAGAAGCUUCAGGUUGCGUGUUUUCGGGUUACGGACGCGGCGAAACCCAGAAGUACUGGAACGGGUUACUUCUGGGUUUCGAGCUCAUGCAUGUGCAAAACCACUAAAUCGCGCUUUGUGCAUGCGCAGAUGCGCCGUAUCGCAACCCGCACGUGCGCAGACACAGCACUGAGGGUUGUGAACGUGCCUCCCACACGGAUCACAUUCGCAACCUGAACAUCCAGUGUAUUCCAUGACUGUUGGCUGAUCCUAAUAAAUUGUCUGCUAUGUAUUGAUGUUUUGGGGUGUGAUGUACACCAGGGCUGGCCCAAGGCAUUUUGGCACCUGAAGUGGACCCCAGAGUGGCAUGCCCCUCCCUGACAGAGAAGAAGGGAUGAGGGAAGAUCUAUAUCAGGAACAAGGGAGAAAGAAAGAUGGACAUCGGGAGCUGCUACCCUAGUGAAUCCUGCCACCCAAGGCAGUCCAAUUACCUUGCCCACAUCACUGGUGCAGAGCAUACCUCUUUAGUACUGGUACCCACCCUUAAUGGGAAUUCUUUGUCAAAGGAGGUCCAUUUGUUUCCACAUGAAUUGCUUUGCUUUUAGAUCACAAAAUAUAAAUAUAUAAAAAUAUAUUUCAAUAACUUCAAUGUGUUCCCCCCUUCACUUUUCAUUUCAGCGGAACGAGAUAUCAGUGUCUACUGUGGAGUACAGGCUAUUACUAUGAAGAUUAAUUUUUGCACUGUCCUUUUUUCUGGUUAUUCUGAAACGGAUCUGGCAUUAAAUGGGAAACACGGGGACUCCCACUGUAGGGGAUUUAUAAACAACAACACAUUUCCGGCGGUGGUCAUUUUCAUAAUCAAUCUCAGCACUUUGGAGGCCUGUGGGAAUUCUUUAAUGGUAAGAUGCGAUUCUUUUGAGGCUACGCAGUGAGAUGGAGAAGAAUUUCAGUUCAGUUUGCAUUUUAGUUUGAAUGUAACUAACUCCCAGCUACCCAAACAAUAUGCUAUUCUUUGAAAGCCACACUUCUCCGAAUUCCGUGAAUUAGUAAAAACACCAGACAAAAAUGCAUUCUGUUUGCAAAAAUGUGUGUAUUAGGCAAAAUUGCAUUAAAGGUGUGUAUGUUAGAAGAAGUUUGCACUGAAAUGCUGAUAACUGUUAAUGAGAAAUUUUAUUUUAUUUUUAAUUGCAAACUGAUGCAUUGAGCUUGGAAAAAUAAGAAACGGGAGGAAACAAAAACUGGCAGACCAUGCUUGGUUACAUUUCAUUGCUAAAAAGAGAGAGAGAUGAAGUAUGAAAUAGAACAUACCGCACAAGUGAGGGCUGCAAUUUGCAAAUACAAAUGCCUGAAGUUUAAGAAUGAGCAGCUCAUUUUUUUUGAAGAUUGAUAUGCAGUUAUUGCUACAAUCUUAAGUCUUACUCUUCCACUUCUGAAUAAAAUGUUUAGUUGUAAAUGAGCCAACACAUUUGCUGUAAUGUUUUGUGAUAAUGGGACUGUUUGCACCACCCUCAUCAUUUCUGAAGGUGGAACUAAGCAUAGGGAAAUGUGUAGCUGACGUUGUAAGAAGCAUCUCCUCAUCCCCUCUUCUCUUGUGGUGUCAUGUAAAAACACAGAACAUGGCAUUUCACCAGGUAUUCCCAUCCCCACAACUAGCAUCCAGUGAGAUGGAUCUGGAGGGAAAAUGUGGAGGGUGAUGGCUUAGUCACAUUCCUUCUGUACCCUCAUGUAUUUUCAUCCAGUAAAUGUUGGAGUUGUGAGUAGCCACAGAGAUAGUGCCUUUGUGACUUUUUAUUUAUAUUUUAUUUAUUUAUAUAUGUUUAUUUAAUGCCUAGUAUUCUGAAAAUAUUCUGGGAGCAUGGGAGAUUAGAAGAAGAAUUAUGUGCAUGCCUGAGCUAUGUGAAUCUGAUCAUUGUGCUGAAAUCUUGCCUGCAUCUAAUGAUGGUUGUCACAGGAAGUGCUUUGACACUGUGCUUCUCCAUCUGCUGUGUCUCUCCGCUGAGAUGAGCUCACAAACUGACAGCUGGAUAGAUAGGAUCAAAGUCAAUGAGUUCUUCAUUCCUUAGCUGGCCCUUCAAAGAAUUCUAGCAAUUCCAGUGUUUUUCUUGCAGUAAUGAUAAUGAUACAGCAGCAAGUGAAGCAGUACAAGGUCAAAUGCUUUGUGAGCUGGAGUUCACUGCAGAAGAUGUAUAACUGAGAGGGGACAAUUAAAUGGUUUAUAAGAAAGCUAAUUGAAAUGAAAAUUCUAUUAUUUGCAUAUGCAAAUAUUCUGACACUUGGGUGUCACGGCAAAGGGCUGAUGUUAGUGUGCAAGACUAAGGGCUGGGUCAUGCCAUCCAUUUUCUUCCAUGUAAGCAUAUCUUGCUUAUCUCCAGCUUUGAACUUGUGUAAAGAACAGACAUAAUGACUAUAAAUAGAGUCAGUAGUAAUUCAUGGCAGUAGGGAUGUUGUGGGCUACACAACAGAGUGGACUAAGUCCAACAAGACCAAAUACUUUUGUGUUCUGCCAAAAGUUCUGGAUGCCUAAGGCAAGUUUUUUUUUAAAGGAUUCAGAUGGACACUGUAGACCACCAAAGUUUCUCUUUAACAAGUAUUAUUAUCAGGAUGAGGAAAAGAAGAAGGGGAAAUUCAAGAUCUUACAAGUCCAUCUGCUGCUGGAAAAUCCUUUACACUUCUUGGGCAGGCAAUGGAUUGAACUCCUUACAGGUGAUAUGUGCAGCAUCAAUGUUGACAGCAAGGUCUGCACUGAGAUUCCUCUGACCCUUGUUGGGCUUGGGACUCAUACUACCUGGGAGUGCAGACGACACUUGAGCACCUUUGCCUGGAGUCACCUUCCCAUAACCAUGUCUAAGUUUUUGUCUGACAAGGUUAGGGGAGUAGUCAUAACAUAUGGCAGUCUACAAAGGGAUGAGGCAGUCUAGAUAUCUCCAUGCUAUGCUGCUCAACACUGAAAGCACCCAAUCUGAUUUUGUGCCUUAUGACUCACAUGGGGAUGUAGGUAGCUCUAUCUCUAAAGGACAUAUGGCUCCACCUCUCCCACUCCUUCAGUCAGGUGGCCUUUCUAUAAUAAGUGCUCAUUCUUACAAGCUGUGAUUAACUCUUAGAGAGCUCUGCUUUACAACACUGCACUGUUUUAACUACCCAAAAGUGCUAGAUCAAGGUCUGCACCUGCGCAACUUUGAGGGCACCCAAAGGGGAAAUUUGCAGAGCAUCGUACCUAACUCCCCAUAAUACAAUGGUCUUCCAGAUAUGUUCCAAUACACAGUUACAUUAUUAAUGAUAGUUCUACAAGGAUACGGUUAUUCAAUAGGUGCUGGCCCUGUUUAUGUGUUCAUAGAAUGUUUAGGGGGAGUGACCAUGCAUGUACUGGUUCUGACCCAAAUACCCCUGUCUCUAUUGGUACCCAAUGGGACUGACAGGGCAGAAAGCAGAAGCACCAAUAGUAGGGGAAGCCAGAGUCAUUGGCAGGCAGAACCAACUAAUUCUAAUUUGGUUCCCAUCCACCUUCUUGCUGAAUUCUAUUCAGGCAACACUGAGAUGAAAGAGGAGGGGAGGAAGCUGAAUUUUGGAGUGUUAGUGGUCUUAUCUUUCACUAUGAGUUGGAUGAGGGCUCCAUUAUUUAUUAUUAUUUAUCAUUUCAUUAAGUCUAAGAGGGUUUUCUCCCUCUCCUUAUUAUCCUCAGUACAACCCUCUGAGGUGAGUUGGGGUGAGAGUUGGUGACUGGUCUAAGGUUUCCCAGUGAGCUUUAUGGAUGAGUGGGGAUUUGAACUCCCAGUCCCUAUUCUACCAUACUGACACUGGUUUUUCUCUCUUUCUCUGUAUUUUUACCAAAAGAAUUGAGAAGUCUGGCACUGCCUCAAGUAGCAGUUUGAUUGCUUAGAGCAGUUUAGUCACACUCCUGUGACAGAAUGCCUCUGGCAUCACACUGCAGUGUCAUUCUUAGGAGCAUUUAUUCUUAGGAGAGGGGAGAUCUCUGCCCCCAUUGUGGCUAUUGGUAAAAAGGAAGAAAAUAUCUCAGUUGUUAUCACAUUUAAAGGUAACACCAUUUCCUUCAAAUGCCUGCCACUGGAAGUUUCUGACUAUUGCCCCCACUUUUCUGGGGGAUACAUGGUUCUGUGAAAGUAUUGUGGGGGCUCAUUUCAGAGCAGACUUAUAGAUUGGACUAUGGUUGUGCAACAAAUCACUUUGAUAUAUUUGACAGAAAUGGUAGGUAGCUAUUGCUCCCAUUUGUAUCUGUCAUAGCAUCAGUGGGACAGCAGAAUGGGAGGAUGGUUGUACCUUUACUGUAUGCCUCUGAACACCAGGUGCUGGGAAUCACAAGUGUGGAGAGCACUGUUGUCACCAGGUACUGCUUGUGGUCUUCCCAUGGUUCAUCACUGUGAGAAUAGGAUGCUGGACUAUGUGGGCCUUUUGCAAGAUCAAGCAUGGUGCUUCUUACGUCCUGAUGUAGAGGUUGUGGUGCAUCAAAUAAUUUACAAGGAUGAUUUCUUAACCUUUAAUAGUCAUAUUUUCACUAUUUUAAAAAUUCUAUUUUCUUAUAAGAUUGCCUCCCCAUAAUUCUGUUUUCUGACCUUAUCCAACUAGGUAACCUCAGUUCCAGGAAUUAAUGCCUAUGGCAAUGUAUCAACAGUCCAGAUAGGCAAUGUUUCGGGAUACAUAGACACCCCAGAUCCACCCACAAUAAUCAGCUAUUUACCAGGACUUCUGUAUAAAUUUAGUUGCAGCUAUCCCUUGGAAUAUCUGGUCAAUAAUACACAACUUGCUUCGUAAGUAUGAGCAUGAUUUUGCGAGAAGUGAUUAUUGUGUGUAUCAGGAAGCCUUUGCACUGUAUUUAUUGUCAUUAAGUAGAUGGCUGGAGCUUUGCAUGGUCGAUAUGCCCUGUGAACAUAUCAGAUUUCUGAUGAAAUGCAUGGAUUCUGGUCAUUUCCCCUUCCAUAAUUAGAAGCGACAUCCAGUUUGAGAAGAGGAAAGGAAGAGGAUAUAGAGAAGGAAAAUAAUGACAAGAAGGAAAGUAUUCCAGGGAUUUGGUUUGCUAUAGAAUUAGCACAGCACUGAAGUCUGUGUUUUAGUGUUAGCUUUCAUGAUGAAAGUUCUUCUACAAUUCCUCUUAAAGAUAGAGUAGUACUUGUACAUAAGCAAAGAAAUAUUUACUUUCAAUUCUUUUUGCACAGCAAUAUAUUAGUAUAUGUAACACAAGCAAAUGCUAUUUCUAUGUACUGUAUAUCACAAGAAGUUAUUUUACCCUAUCAAUUUGCUUCUUAGCUAAUUAUUUGCCUGAUCCAUUGUUUCAGCAAUGCCCAUUGUUUCAAAGCUCUGACGGGGCUUCCACUAUAAAUUCCGAUUUGUAGCAAUUUAAAAACACAAGAUGGGGGAAAAAUACUCUUGGUGGUGAAGUCCAAAACCUGAUUUAAUAGUGAAAUAUGGAAUUGCAAAAAAAUAAUAAAAAUAGAUGAUUCCAUCAAUAAUAUUUUGCUUUCUAAAUCUGUUCUAGAUCAUCAGCUGCUAUAUCUGUAAGAGAGAACAAUGGCACAUUUAUUAGCACUUUGAAUUUGCUCCUCUACAAUGUAAGUAUUAAAAAGCAGAAGUUUCUUAAAUAAAGCAAUGCCUGCUCACCUGCUGGCCGGAGGGAGUGGCGGCUGCCGCAGUGGGGCGAUCUUCUGGGGGGUGGACAUCACUUCCUUCUUUGCUGGUGGCGCUGACUCCUGGGACUUGCCCACAGUUGCAGCCAGUUGUGGGCAAGCUUGGGAGUGCGGUUUAGUGAGUGGACCAGAGGGAAAACUUCUUUCAUUUGGUCUGCCCUCUGGCUAUAAAAGCCAGCUACACCCUCUGCUAAUGCACCUACCACGACUGACUUAUAGAAUGCUAUAAGUGGGACCAGCCCCUCUAUUUCAUCCUUUCUCCCUCUGCAAUUUCCAACCCAUCCAAAAUAGUUGGCCAGAAUGCCCACUAAGCAUGUUCAGUUCUCCUGCGGCUCUUUAGAGUUUUUUUUCAUAUUCACGUCCUUCACCUGCACUUCUUGAAAUCUUGGGGUUCUCCCACAGCUGCCUAGCCUUCCACUUGGGUAUGGGUGGUACUGUUUUGGCUAUAUAUGCAAUGGUGCUCAUAGCCUUAAAUUGGAAAUAUCGGAAAUCACGUGUUAGAUCCAGUCUAAGAUAAUUGCAUUUGGGUCCCUUUCAAAUGAAGGCUUAAUUAUCAUGGAUCUUAGUAGGAACUAAAUUCAGCUCAUCUAGUCUGACUGCAUCCCUGGUUUGCAAGAGCAAAUCUAGCAGUGAAAAAUGUAACUUUAAAAGUUAAUUAUAAUUUUUAAUAAUGAUUUUAUUAGUUGCAUAACAUCAUCAGUCUACGUGACACCUUAUAUCAUAAUCCUGUGCAUGUUUACUCAGCAGUAGCUCCCACUGAGUGCAAAGAGGCUUGAUGCCUAAAAAGUCUGCAAGGGACUGCGGCCUUAGAGAGUUCCACAGAAAAAUUGGCAAGUCCCUGCUCUGAAGGAGCCUACAUUUCUAAAUAAACAAUGGGAAACAACAGGGGGAGGGAGGACCCUUUGUUAGACAAUUGCCUUUAACAAAUGUUCACACGUGCUCUAACAAGAAUAGUUCAACUGGUGCCUUGUGCCAGGAGUGGAACCAAGCGGGUCCACACACACAUCUGUUCUGGUACCGUCCACUCCACAAGGAAGGACUUAUUCUGGUUACCCAAACUGUGUCUAAGUCACUGGCAUGGUGUAAAAUAUAACCAACAACUACUGUUGUGGAAGAUGUAAGCAACUUCAAUAGACCGAUGCUAAUGAUAUUUCUUUGUGGUUCUUUUGGACAGUGGGUGGGCUAAAAUUUUAAGUACCUCCUCAUGACUGCUGAUUUUCUCUCUCUUCUUAUUAGCAUGAUAAUCAGAUUUGAAUAUAUGUAAUUGUGUAAACUUGUAUUGCAUAAACAGGGACAUUGGAAAGGAAAUUUAAAAGACUUUUACUGGCUUUUAUUUAUAACAGCAACACUAAUCUUCCAACUGUUAUUUUUGUGUUGAUUAGAAAUUUUAUUCAUCCAUUCAAAUGUCUGAUUUAAAAAUCAGCUUUCCAUUUCUCAGGCAGCAUUUUAGUAAAUUACAAAUCCUUUUUUUUUUUGGAUUAUUAUUCAUGUCAUCAUGGACCUGGGUUAUAAUUCAUGCAGAUGAUUUAAAAGUCUGUGCUUUCAACUUGGGUUGUAAUGAAUGUGCUAUAAAUAUCAUAGCAGAAUAUUUCCAAUUGCGUUUAAAUGAAUUUCCUGUUUGCAAGUAAGUUUUGCUGUCUGACAGUUCAGAGAUAUGUUAGACUGGAGAUGAUAUUACUUCCAUUUUUUUUAAAUACUGAGGUUUUUUUGUAAGAAAGUAGAAAGUUUCUUAAAACUUUAGGAACAAAAACCCUUGUAUUUAGGGUACAGUGGUGCCCCGCAAGACGAAUGCCUCGCAAGACGGAAAACCCGCUAGACGAAAGGGUUUUCCGUUUUUGAGUUGCUUCGCAGGACGAAUUUCCCUAUGGGCUUGCUUCGCAAGACGAAAAUGUCUUGCGAGUCUUGAGAUUUUUUUUUCACUUUUCCCUCCCUUUAUCUAAGCCACUAAGCCUUUAAUAGCCUUUUAGCAGCUAAUUCGCUAAGCCGAUAAGCCUUUAAUAGCCGCUAAACCGCUAAUAGCGCUAAUCCGUUAAGCCGCUAAUAGGGUUGCUUCGCAAGACGAAAAAACCGCUAGACGAAGACACUCGCGGAACGGAUUAAUUUCGUCUUGCGAGGCACCACUGUAUAGGGGAAUUUGCUUCAGAAAAGUUCAGUUAAAAUGUUCUUCUUAGAACACAUGAGAAUACAUCAUAUGGGGCCAAUCAACAUUCCAAUCUUGCCCAAUAAACACUCCAUUGUACAAUUUUGCUUUUGUAAGUCAUCCUGUACAUUGAUCCUGUAAAUAAUAUCUUGGAGUGAUUUCUAAAAGCAGUCUAAGGAUAGUCAUAGGAGCAUCUUCAUCUAUGGUGCGAAGCCAGCUUUGCAUCAUUUUGUUAUAGAAAUAUAUUGUGAUUCGAGGACCCGAUCCCCGCUUGGGGAAUCAAGACACAAGGACACAGUAUACUAGGUUAAUGGGCAAAAAAAGGCCACAACCUUAUUGAUUACAGCAUGUGAGAAGGUAUUGGCUUAGACAUUAGACCACUGACAAUUUGACUCCACCCACUUGGAGAGGGGUGAGUCUGAAUGAGGGGUUAACCACCAGUAGGGGGAGCCUGUUGAUGCAAAUACAACUAUAAGCUCUGCCCUGUGUGGCGGGGGGCCAUGGCACGACCCCCGGUGACAUCAGGGGUAGAUCGGGAGCAAAUGGCGGGGGAAGCUGGCGCGGCCGCAUUUGAGCGGCUAAACCAUGCCCCCGGUGCCACUCGGUCGGGUGCCCAAUGGGGGGGGGGCGUGGAGCGCCAGCGAUGGUGAGAGGGCAGGGGGCUAAACGCCCCCUGCGUGACGCAGGAAUCGUCUCCCGGUCACAACCCCUCCCCUCUGGAAGGAGGAGAGGCUUUCCAACAAGUGAAUGCUGGAUUGCUGAGUUACUGCCUGUGUCAAAGAGGUGUGUUAGCCAUCAGUCUUGCUGUUGCCCCAUGCCUUGUACAUCUGGUGGGCUGUUACCCUUCAAAGAACUACAUAUGUAUUCUACUACCUUCACUUAAAAUAAAACCACAAGAUUAUUUAAUUAUUUUUGCAAAAUUGCUCCCGAGAAUGCAUGUGGUUGUUAGUGCUGGCAUGGGUAGCAGCCAAUAGGUGCUCAGCAGAACUAUCUUUUCUUCAGCUCAAACUGAACCACACUGAGAACCUACAGAAUCACCGCACAGAGAGCAAGGAUAGAACUCCCCGUGCAUGAGUAAAAUCAUUAUUGAAUUGAUAUCUAAGAUAUCACAGCAUGAAUCGUCGUGGGCCAACAUGAAUAUGUUUCAAGAUGUAAUACUGAAUAUUAAGCUACUGGAUUUUAUUUGUAAGCUAGGAUCCCCAUUUCAGUUUAAGACAACAGUAGCCCUGUACAGUUGUUCUAAUCUCCCACAGGAUCAGAAUCACGUUUGGUGGGAUAACUUCUGUAGCGAGCAGCUUUCUUUACUCAUGUAGGUUCCUGCACGAUUUUGAAUCUUGAAGGAGCCAGCAAUGGGAAAUGGAGCUUGUUUGCCUUUCCUUCAUCACAGUAGGAUGGAGACAUUCCUUUCAUUAGGCAGAGUGAGGCAACCACCUUAGGUGGCAACUUCUGGGAUACACCAGGGACAACUCUCUGGAUGUUCUUCCUGAGCCCCCUGGCCCAGGAGCAGUGCGUCCCCUUUUGCUGCUUGAGGUGAAAUGGGAAUGGGCUGCUCCCCUCCCCCACUGCUGCCUGUAGCUCUCUUACCUGUGUUGCAUGGUGUUGCCCGUGAAGCGCUGGCAGUGGCACUGGCUUUCGGUGAGAUCUCACAAUAUCUUCUUGGGUUUCUGCUGCUUGAGGCAGGUGCCUCACCUUGUCCCAACAGUGGGCUGGGCUUGCCGGCCAUAACCUUUUGUUGGAUGACAGAGUGUUAUGUACCAUGUGGCCUGUUCUGCUCCUCAGUAUUAGCUUGUUGCUCUCAGAUGCAGUGGAAGUAUUGAAAUAAGACUCAACUUCCAGUUUAGUUGGCUUUUGCAUGUGGAAAAGAGAAGGAGCCAUCUUGUCAUUUGUGUCAGGUAGCAGAAGGUCUUGAACUGGUCCUGCAUUAUGGAUUAGGAUGCCUGAAUUGGGCUUGCUUUUUUUAACGUAUAUGGGUGUUGUUCAAGCUUAAAGUUACAGCUCUGGAUGAGUGGGUGAAUUAUUUUUCUUCCUGCUGGGAUUUCCACUGAAUUCAUACAUCUGCAUUAAGUUUGCCAUUGGCUUUAUUGAGAUUUCUUGGUGAACACGAUAUGCUCACGAGUAAGGGUUUUGUUAGGGUCAAGACCUUGCUCUGUGAGGACAGUGGUUAAUUAAGCAUGAAUAUGAAACAUAUUCAUUUCCAUACAUUUAAAAUUUAAUAUACUCAAGUCAAACUGUGCUGUGUGUGCAUAAUGAAUUGAGGUACAAUUCUUCACCAUUACCAGAGGGUGACUUAAAUACUUCUAGAGAAAAGCGCAGUCUGAGGAAGAAAUGCUAAAACUGUUGUUUAAUUCACUUCAUUAUCCAAAACUUUCUUUUUGCUAACAAAUCAUUAGUGGUGUAAAUUAAUAAUGCAAGUGCCAUCAUUAUAUAUGUACUUUAAUUAACAUUUGACCAUUUUUAUACAACAGAAUGUGAUCAAAAUCUGAAUCACACAUACAGAAAAUAAAGCAGUGGCAGAAAAACUCUACUAGGAGGAAAUAAUAAGGUGAUAUUUUGGCCCUUGGAGGCAGAAGGAAACUGCAGGCAGUGCAAUUAAGUUUCACAUCACAGGUUUGACUAAAGGGCUAUAUUCAGUUUCUAGUAGAGUACAAAGGACGCCAUGCAAAACCAAGACCUCAUUGUUGCCUUAGCUUAGGCCAUGACUGAGGAACUUGUGUCUGACCCUAUAGAUGCUGUUAGACUCCAACACCCUUCAGCCUCAGUCAGAUGGCUGAUGACAAGGGAUGAUGGAACAGGAGCCCAAAGCAUCUGAAGGACCACCACUGGUGUCUAGGACUGCAAUCUUGAGUUGCAAUUCUAGACAAAUUAACACAGAGACUCAGUGAGACCUGUUCUCAGGUACUUGUGCAUAGGAUUGCAGUGAUAGUUCCAUUGGAUUCAGGUAGGUAGCUGUGUUGGUCUGACACAGUUGAAAUAAAUUAAAAAACUAAAAAACUGUCCAGUAACACCUUAGAGACCAUCUAAGUUUGUUCUGGGUAUCAGCUUUUGUGUACAUGCACAUUGGAGUCCUUUGUGAGUGGGCUUGUUUUCCAACCAACUUCAUUUCUUAAGGUACACAAACCGUGACUGUUAGUGAUGUUGGGUGGGGAUUGAUGGGAGUUGACUUCCAGCAACAUCUGGAGGGUUACAGGCUGCCCACCAUUGCUAUGCCCCUUUACUUGGUAUAUACCUCUGGACUUAGCGGAUAUUACUGCUGUGUAUAGUGUUUCACUAUACAGUUUAAUAACUGUGUGCUUAUCAACGGGUUUGUGGUAUCUAAUUAUCUUAGGCUUCCUCUUGAAUCCUAACUAAUGGCAAUGGCAGUGGGUUCUGGGGAAAUUAUUCUGGAUAGCUGCAAAAGAGGGAAUAAUAGGAUUAAAUUUACUACUACCAACUGAAAGAUUGUAGCGUCAUCAUUCUAAUAUUAAGCAGAACUCUUUGGCAGAUUUUAUUUUUUACAAAAUGCUGCUAAAUUGGAUAGAGGGAUUAUUUCCAUGUUAAUGUGUUCCACCACUUGGUUUAUAGAUUCUAUAUGACACAUUUAAUGAUUUUGUUUUUCUAUUCACAUAUCAUGGCUAGUAUUUGAUUUAGUUUCUUUGCAAAUUGUCUGGCACGGCUUGCUGUUGCCACAUAUCUUUCCACUAGAUAUGAUCUCGAUAUAUACUGACAUCCUUUGCCUCCCGUAAUCUACAGCAUUAUUAAACACAGUUCACUCUAAGUGCAUUUGGUCAUGUUGAAUUAUGUCUGAGUGCUGAUCCACUUUUAUGUGGUUCUCGAUACAUAAAAUGAAGCAGUGAAAGGUGAAGCCAUUCUCAUGCACAAGUCCCACUCAUUAUUUAAAUGAUCCCAAGGAAGGAGAUCAUUUCUGAUGUAUCAGGGCUAAACUAAGCAAUCAGUGGCAAGCUUAGCAAAUCUAGGUUUCCACUUCUCUACUGCAAAGGGGGCAGAAGAAAUGUGGAAAGGCAGGGUUGCUCAGCUUUCCCUCUGUUGCCCAGUACACCUCCUUGAGAGACAUUGUUUCCAGAUCUGUGUUUCCUUUCUCAAGUGGGGAAAAGAAAGGAAAAGUAAAGAAGAGAGUUUUGGGGAGGAAAGUGAUAGAAGGGAAGGAUGGAUCAAGUUCUCUUCACCCUAUUCCUGUGACUGUAACCUGUUUUAACUGAUCUUAAUUCAAAAUCUUAAACUGUUGUAACCUGUCCUAGGGCCCACUGGUAAAAGGCAGGAAGUAAAUUUACUACUACUGGUGCUACUCCUUCUGUUACGACUGUCUUCCUGCUAAUUGGUCCCAUUUUCAUGACUAUGGAAGUGAGAAGUGAUAGCCUGGGUUACCAGACCUGUGUUUGCGUGGCGAGUUCCCGCCCCCCCACCAGGAUAAAUAAAGACACGAGACACUAUGGUUUAAGGUUAAAUGGGCGAAUUAGGCCACAACUUUAUUGAAUUCAGGAAUGAGAGGCAUUGGCUUAGGCAUUGGUCCUAACGACUAUCCGGCUCCAGCCCAUUUGCUGGAGACACGGGGAAGGGUUAACACUAUAUCGGGGGAGUCUCCCGCCGAGGCAUGUCGACUAGGAGCUCCCCCGGGUCACCGCUCGGGGGCGUGCCUUUGGCCCACACCUCCAUAGGCUUCGGACAGGGCCACGCCCCCCGGAGUCCUUUAACGGACCACCCUUCGCUCACUGGGGGGAGGUGAUGGCGUUCCUCCCCCCCCACAUCCUCUUAAAAGAGGGUGAGCCCCCUCUGCGCUGGCCCUAAGUAGGGCAGACACGGCCGGGAUUCCCCUGCUCUCGCGGGGGCUGAAACCAGCCCCCGCUCACGUGGGGGGUGGCCGUGAAGCCCGCAACCCCACCUCCUGGGCAGGCCGGAAGUGGCUUUGCUACCAAUAUCCAAUAAUGCAAUGAGGAUUUAAGGAUAUCUGCCUUGAAGCAGUGCUUUCCAAGAGGAUUGCAAACUGUUCCUUUGUUACCUGAUCCUUUCAGUGAGAAAUGUUCUGCACACAUACCUGAGACUAAAUCUUGAGUCUGGUAGCCUCACCAGCUGACUGCAAACGCUUCUAUGUUAUAUAGGGUCAUACUGUUGGUGUGUGAUAAGAACUGUUUGCUUUUCCAGGACUCCACCUACAGAGAGCAGCUGAUUAUCCCCAGUACAGGGUUACCGUUGAAAACAAAAGUUUUUGCAGCUGUUAGAGCAACAAACCUCGAUGGCAGGUAUGGUAAAUGAUAUGUCUCUCCCGCUCCCACCCCCCACAACAAAAUCUGUGGUCCUAGAAACACAAGCUCCUUGGCAGAAGUGACUCUUCAUGUGGGGUGAAGCCAAUACAUCAGCUUCCUGGCAGGUGAGUCACUGUUGCUUAGGAGAGGUAAAAGGUUAAAAAAAAAAUGGUAAAGGACCCCUGGACGGUUAAGUCCAAUCAAAGGCGACUAUGGGGUAUGGCGCUCAUCUCGCUUUUCAGGCUGAGGGAGCUGGCGUUUGUCCUCAGAUAACUUUCCAGGUCAUGUGGCCAGCAUGACUAAACCACUUUUGGCGCACGGAAGACCGUGAUGGAAGCCAGAGUGCCCGGAAACACCAUUUAUCUUUUGGCCGCAGUGGUACCUAUUUAUUUAUUUGCACUGGUGUGCGUUUGAACUGCUAGGUUGCCAGAAGCUGGGACAGAACAAUGGGAGCUCACCCUGUCGUGGGGAUUUGAACCACCGACCUUCUGAUCAGGAAGCCCAAGAGGCUCAGUGGUUUAGACCACAGUGCUACCCGCCCCCUUACAUCUUUACCUUAGGAGAGGUAAAGCAGUGGAGAGGGUGCUGCAGUGCAAAAGCACUGGUGGAACCAAUCUGGCACUCCUGGCAGGUGUACUGAGCCAGCCUCCUUGUCACCUCACUCUCCUCCUCCUUUCCCACAAAACAAGCAACAGCAAGCUGCUUCUGGGAAGCUAGCCUAGCAGUUCUGCCCUAGCUUGCAAGCUGCUUCUGCUCCCUGGGAUACAAGGAGGCAUGGAUAUAUAGAGCUGUCUUACAGUAGGCUACACCAUCUCUCUUGGUGUUGUCUAUUCUAUCUGGCAGCAGCACCCCAGGGUUUCAGAUACAGAUGGAUUUAUCUGUCCAUUUUGGUUCCUCUCAUUUUCUCAUUUUUCCAAUCUUAAAUCCAUCUCUCCUCAUUUCCACAUAAAUUUGUUGUUUUUUAAAAAAUCACCAUGAAAAUCCACCAACAUUUAGAUGCACAUUUCUCCUAAAAAUACAAUUUUGUUUGCAGUUUUAACAAAUAAAUACAUUCUGCAAACCAUUUCUCCAAAUAUAAUGCCUAGAGAGUAACAACAACAACAGUUUAUUUAUACACUGUCCAUCAGGCUGGGUUUCCCCAGCCACUCUGGGCAGCUCACAACAGAAUAUUAAAAACACGAUAAAACAUCAAACAUUAAAAACUUCCCUAAACAGAGUUGCCUUCAGACGUCUUCUAAAAGUCAGAUAGUUGUUUAUUUCUUUGACAUCUGAUGGGAGGGCAUUUCACAGGGCGGAUGCCCUACCAAGAAGGCCCUCUGCCUCCUUCCCUGCAGGUAGGGCUUGCUGAAUGUUCCAGCUAAGUUGCAGAAUGUCAGUGGUAGUUACACUCAGUGAAAAGUGCUUUUCUCUUUCCUUGAGCACAAGAUGUAGCAGCCUCAAAUUAUAAAAGAGGCACAUGUGGUUUCUGGCUAAAUGAUCUCAUGAAGUCUGAAGUAGCCAAUGAAAUGAUAGCAAAUCAGUACCACUUCAUAACUUCAUGACUAUAAUAGCUGCACCAAUUCCUAGGUGAGCCUAUAGCCUCACAUUAGCUAUAUUGUACUCAUUGUUCGGUGAUUUGUUGCAGUUAAGGCACCAGGAUAUUGCUCAUCUUUUGAAUCAUAAUGGAAGAUGGUGGCACAUUAUCAGCCAGCACUUUCAAUGCAUGUAUAUGCAUCUAUAUGCUGAAUCUCAAGAAAUGCUUAGCGGUUAAUUAUCUUUCAUUGCACAGAUGGAAUGUUUUGAUGGACUACUGCUAUACUACUCCAUCUGGAAAUCCAAAUGAUGAUCUGCGAUAUGAUCUCUUCUUUAGGUAGAUUUUCUUCUUUUUCCAAAUAUAGUGUUUCUCUGCCACACUACACUGUUAAAACAGAUUAAUAUAUUAAGAUCAAGGAUUAGGUUUAAAAAAGUUGAAGUUAUAUAUUUUAACGUUUUAUUAAAUUAAAGAUUGAGAUUAAAAAAGUGGAAAAGAAACUGCUGGACAAAUAAUGUGGAUUGGAAUACAAAAGAGGGAGGUAUGAGGAAGUCCAGAAAAUAAGUAAUUUAAAAUUGGAAAUGGAAAAGAGAGUUUGUUUUUAAUUGUUAUGUUUUGUGUUUUUAUUGUUAAGUUUUGUAUUGUUUUUUGUGUGUGUUGUUUUUCUUUUUUGUUUUCUUUAAAACCUUAAUAAAAAAUUAUUAAAAAAAAACAGAUUAAUAUAAAAUGUAUUACUUAUUUUCAAAGUUUGUUUUUAUAUAUAGAACAUGUAUAAUGUAACUAUAGUAGUGAAAUAAAUAUUGGCUCACGUCACAAGAAACCCUAUAAGAAGAAUUGAAACCUAAGAAAUAAGUGCACAAAUAUUCAUGUAAAUAAUGACUAUCAUUAGCAGGUAUCAACUGAGCCUAUUCUACCCUACAUGUUUGUUUCAAUAUAUGCACACUAAAUAUAUAGCCCUAAGUUUGUUUACAGGAGCCUACACAAAUGUUCAAACUACCCUGGCAGUAGUUUGGUGAUCAGUUGGGUGAUACUGUUGACCAAGCUACAGUAGGGUGCCUCACAUGUCAUCAGUGAUAUAUAUAUAUAUAUAUAUAUAUAAAACACGUAUAUAUGAUGUGAUAGUUUUAAAAAAGCAUUUACCAUAAUGGCGAUCCACCUGGCAGGGAAUGAUAUUUAUCUCACAUUCAUAUGUUGGGCUGUUCCAUCCAAUUCUGUGGAACUAUAGAGGAAUAUACCACAAGUUUGGCCCUCAUUUCGACACUACAGUAGUACCUCCGUUUAUGUAACCCUCUGUUUACAUAAACUUUGGGAUGUGCAUGCGGCAAACCCAGAAGUAUUUUAUCAGGUUUCACCCCGUGCACAUGAGCAGAAGCGGUCCUCAGGUUGCGGAAACCUGGGGAUCUGAUCAGACCUCCAGAAUGGAUCCCGUCCGCAAAUGGAGGUACCACUGUAUUUGCAAACAGUUUUUUCCUGGAAGCAAAUGACAAAGAAAUGUGCGCUAAGCUAUACUCCACUAAUGUUCCAGAAGUGGCUUUUACGUUGUGUGAAAGCUCAAAUAUAAUGCAGAACUUAACAGUUAGGGACAAGACAUGAAAACAGAAUAAAUUGCCAUGGGAAUGCAGCCUGGCAGUCUAACUUCUACGCCAUGCUUUGCAUGUAAACAGGUUAGCAGGAGCUAAUGAAAAGAUGAGGAUGAGUAAUUGAACAGAUCUUCUUUUCAGCUAGGUAUGAGGUGUAGUACAAAAGCAAAUGGACUAAUAUGACAAGGAUAAAGCAUGUGUCAACUGUACAUUACAAUCAAGAAAUGGGCUGCAAAUGUAAUUUAAAAAAUACGGUAUUCAAAAGUUGAGCCAAUGUAUUUAAUUUAUGUUUAGUUCAUUAAUAUUUUUCUUCCAUCAUGAAGCUCAAGGAGUUGUACAUGUGUUCCAGGUGAUCUAUGCAAGCACUGGCCAGAACCAGACCUGUUCUGGGGCCCUUAGACCCAUGAAACCAAAGGUUUCUAACACCAUUUCCCCACCAUCUAGUAGUAGUCAGAAUGCUUUAGUGUUUUUCUUUGAGACUCUAACCUCCUGGGAACCAGAAAACAUCACUCCCGUUUCAAUCUUUUCCUUCAGCUGCGACAAGGACCCUCAGACAACUAUCAUUGAAAAUGGCAGGAGUCAAAUGGGCCGGUUUUCUUUCGAGGUGUUCCGCUUCGUGAAGCACAAGAACCAGAAAAUGUCCACAGUUUUUCUCCAUUGUGUGACAAAGCUGUGCAGAGCUGAUGAUUGCCCCUUUCUUGCUCCUGUAGGUUUUGGAGUCUUUUGGUAAUGCUGCAAUUGGAACAAAACUUGGAAUGUUUUGCACAGUGUAUAGACAAGUGAUUAAAACAAAACGAGCCAUUGACUGUCAUCCGUAACAUAUUAAAGCAAUUGUCUCUUAGAGAUGUGUUUUAAAUAUGGAGGCUGGGAUAUAAUCAGCUCAAGCAGUAGUUAACUUACCUUGCUAUGGCAAUCCCCCCACUGCCAAUGUAUGGCAGAAAGGGCAGAUUUGUUAUGAAUGAUCAGGUUCACAUUGUCAAGCAAUCAUGUAACAGCUGAAAUUAUAAUGCAGGGAAUAUGUAGAGGGAAUCAUAGUAAAGGACAAGUUCACUUUCCCACAAGCUUGUAAUGAGCAGAGCUUUUAUCUAGAACAAGAUCUACUGAUGAGGGGGAUGCAGAAAUUACAUACAAGAACCUGAUGAAUCACACCAAAUGUCAUACCCAUUUAUUUUACUUAUUUCAUUGUAUUUAUUUCCCACCCCCCCCAACAGACUUCCCCCCUCCACAUUUAAUCCCCACAGCAACCCUGUGAGCUAAGCUAGACUGAGAGGCAGUGACUGGCUCAAGGGCACCCAGUGAGCUUCAUGGCUGAGUGGGGAUUCAAAUCCUGGCCUCCCAGAUCUUAGUCUGACACUCUAGCCAUUACAACACACUGAGUUUAUCCAGAGAUCAGUAAGUGGAACUGCUUGAUUGAUUCCCAUUUUCCCCUGUGCCAUUCUGACACCCUCUGAAAACCACCUGUGGUUUGGGGAACACAAAAGCAUUGAAGCUGGCACAGGAGUCUUCAGGGAGAACGUGUUCAAAGUGUCUGUGUUUGCAGAAGGGCACUGCUGGGGCCAAGCCAUAGUAUUCUAGAUAUUAUAUUUCCACUGUUGGAGAUGGUAACUUUUUGCAUACCAGAUGCUGGAAACGACAGGAAGGGUGAGUGCUAUUGUGCUUAGGUUCUGCUUCUGGGCUUUCUGUAAGCCACUGUGAGAGCAGGACACCCAUUAGAUGGGCCACUGGCCUGAUCUAUGUUCUCAAAACCAGUCCUGAAUAUAUAAGGAAACAAAGAGGCAUGGACAAGACCCCACUCUCUUUCAGGAGUUGUAACAAAAGAUUGCACGCAACAAAGUUAAUAAGUACAUAGUUUCUUUUCCAAUACAGUUGUACCUUGGAUCCUGAAGGCCUUGCGACUCGAACAUUUUGGUUCCUGAACACCGCAAACCCGGAAGUGAGUGUUCCGGUUUGCAAAUGUUCUUUGGAACUCGAACGUCCGACGGGGCUUCUGCGGCUUCUGAUUGGCUGCAGGAGCUUCCUGCAGUCAAUCAGAAGCUGUGCUUUAGUUUCUGAACAUUUGGGAAGUUGAACGGACUUCUGGAACAGAUUAUGUUUGACUUCCAAGGUACGACUGUACGACCAAAAACAGCUUGUUUUAAAAAUGUUUGAUACAGGAGGAAUGUACUUCUCUGUCCACUGAAAUCAUGAUUGUUUUCAUUGCCCCUCCAGAUCUGCAGUAACAGGAAAAAAAGAGAUGCAGCAAAGAUAACCACUUGGAGCCCUCAGAGUACUUCUGGAAGUGCUGUAAUCUCUGCUGGCCCCAUCAUUACUAGAACUGGUAGGAGUGAUCAUAUCAUUGCAUGAUUUCAAAAACACAACCAUUUUCCUGUUUAAGGAUAAUUUUCCAUGAGUGACAUCUAAUUAAGUCCUACUCAUAAUUUUGGUCUUGCUACUUAAUCUUGACAGUUUUCCUAGUUCUGCUCAAAAUGCAAAGAAUUCUUGUUUAUUUGUAUGCAUCAUUAUACAUAUAAUAUUGCACACUUGAAGUAACUAGCGUGUAUGCAGAUGCUUGCAACAAUGCAUAUAACUGCAUAAAAAUAUGUGGGUAUUCAUUAGGGCUGCCCAAGCCAUUAGGGCUGAUUCAGAGCCACCCCCAAUAAGGUCAGCUUGCUCUGGAUCAACUGCCCUAUCCUGGAUCCAGUGCCAAAUUAGUUUUGGAUCCAAAUUAGUUUAAUUAGUUUUUAAAAACCCAACUAAUUAAACUGACCAAGAGGGUCUGUUUCGCAGGACGCUCCUUCCUAAGUGGCUUCUCUAUGGGGAAGGCAUAUUUGUGAGCACCCUGCGCCAUGCAGGAUUGAUGCCUCUGCUCAACAGCUGUUGCAUGGAGGCACCAAUCCUAUAUGGUGCUACUUCACAAGCAGCUUUCCUGCAGGGCUUUUCUGCACCCCACAACAUCAUUGUCUCUGCUCAGCAUCGAUCCUGUGGGGUGGGGUGUUAAGCAGGAAGCAGAAUCUGUUGGUAUUGGGCUUCUACCUUCACCUGGGAAUAUGCAGCCAGCAGUCACAUAGACUUCUGCCUUUCUUGUGGGUUUUCCUGCCCGAUGCCUGCACCUCCUUUCUGCCUGAUGUCCCAAUCCCUGACAGCCCCAGAUUCCUCAGAGCCAUCCAACCCAACCUGUGGCUAUUUCAUCCCCACUUGACUGAUCUUGCCCUGGAUCCCUUCAUCUGGGCUCAAUUUGGCUUGGGCCUCAGCCAAAUCUGGUGUACAGCCCAAGUAUUCAUGCCCUUAUGAAAUUAUGCUGCAGAAAUAGAGUACAGCAUGAGCCUGACUCUUUUACAUAUAUUACGGGUAUGAUAUCUAUAAUUUUGCAAUAUAAAUUUACAUAUAAUUAGCCCUUUAAAAAACAACAACUGUGCAUGAGUGGCUCAGACAUCGCAGGCACUCAGUGCAAGGGGCUGUCUGAUGCAAGCAAACUUUGUUUGAGUUAUAACUGUCAAAUUCUGUUUAUAUGUUUGGAACACAUGUUCCCUCCACCCCAAAUGUCAACAACUGUUUAUAAUCUCUUAGCACUCCUUAAGUAUGCAGCACAGCACUGAUUAUAAGUCCUAGUAAAUUCAAUGGGACUUACUUCCAAGUACACAGGGGCACUUGUAUUAUAACAAAUGAUCUAAGAUUAAUCUGAACAAACAAAUUGAUGGUGACAAACUAAUAAUCUCGUAAAAGUUGUUUAAAGUAUCUUAGAUUAUGUAUGAGCAGAAAGAUGCUGUUCAAAUAAUAUUUUUAAAUUUACAACGUAUCUAUUUUUGUAUUUUUGUACAGAUGAGACCCCAACUAAUAAUUCACAGCUUGGUAAGUUGUACCAAUAAGAGCAAACAACCAUUAUUAUUAUUAUUAUUAUUAUUGAGCAUUUGAAUGUUACACUAAUGUUGUUGUUGUUGUUGUUUAGUCAUUUAGUCGUGCCCGACUCUUUGUGACCCCAUGGACCAGAGCACGCCAGGCCCUCCUGUCUUUCACUGCCUCCCGCAGUUUGGUCAAAGUUACACUAAUAAUAAUAAUAAUAAUUUAUUUAUACCCCACCCUUCCUGGUUCAGAAAAUCGGGCUCAGGGCAGCUAACAACAAAUUUAAAACACUUAAUUGUAAUACAGUGGUACCUCGGGUUACAUACGCUUCAGUUUACAUAUGCUUCAGGUUACAGACUCCGCUAACCCAGAAAUAGUACCUCGGGUUAAGAACUUUGCUUCAGGAUGAGAACAGAAAUCAUGUUCCAGCGGCAUGGCAUCAGCAGCAGGCCCCAUUAGCUAAAGUGAUGCUUCGGGUUAAGAACAGUUUCAGGUUAAGAACGGACCUCCGGAACGAAUUAAGUACUUAACCCGAGGUACCACUGUACAACAUAGAAGCAGCAUAAAAUACAGUAUAAAAGCAUGAAUGACAAUAAAAUUCAAAGUUCAAAAAUCAAUUUGGGGGAAAUCCAUCCAAUAAGCAUUAGAUAGUCACCAGGGCUAGCUGUCCGAAUUAGUCCUACUUGGGCCAGCAAGGAGGCCAGGGGAGAAUUAGCUGUGGGGUCCCAGAGUGGGUAAUCUUCAUAAAAGGGGAGGGGGAGGGAAGAGAAGGGAAAUAAAAGAACAGGCUGAAUUCAAAUUAAAGGCCAGGCGGAGUAGCUCUCUUACAGGCCCGGCAAAAGAAGGUUAAAUCCUGUAGGGCCCUAAUCUCAUGGGACAGAGCAUUCCACCAGGUCGGAGCCAUCACUGAAAAGGCCCUGGCCCUGGUGGAGGAUAGUCUGACUUCCUUAGGGCCCGGGACCUCUAAACUAUGGUUAUUCAUGGACCUUAAGGUCCUCUGCGGGGCAUCCCAGGAGAGGCGGUCCCGUAAAUACUACUUUAAUUAGACUACUGUCUGAUAUGUUGUGGUAUUGUUAUUAUUUAAAGACAGAACUGAAUGGUAAUUGUUAAUUUCUUAGGACCAGUUUCUAAAAGCUUAACAAAUUCUACCCUUAAAAAAAAGGUUCGACAUUUAAAAAACUAGCUGUAAUUCUCCUUACACUACUGCAAUGAGAUAUAGGUCCAUAUAUAUCAGUGCUUGUCUUCCAUAGGAGGUUUUGAGACAAAGAAUUACUUGAGAAUGUGGUUAUACUACAGCGCUUAGAUAGGUGUUUAAUAAUCUGUCCAAAAUUAUGCAUUUUAAUUCCUGCUGAUUACACGUCUGUGUAUACACUAUACCAUAAAGCACAUUCAAACAAUGUUAUUUCACUCAAAUAAUUCUGGGCAAUGUAGUUUACCCCUUCAUACUUAAAUUCCCAGCAACCUUUAAGAAACUACAGUGUCCAGAAUUCUUUGAGGGAGGAAUGUGUUUUGAAUGUGCUUUAAAGUUAUAGUGUGUAUGCAAGCUGCAGCCCCAUUCACACUUUCCUAGGUGUAAGCCCCAUUGAAACAGUGGAGCUUACUUUUGAGCGGAUAUGUGGACUCACACUUAUCUCUCACCCUGGAAUCAAUGGGACUUAAGUGUGAAUAAAUGGGAAUUUAAGUAUCUCUGGUUGGAUCAAUUUCAGUGCCUGUAAAGUGAUUCCCUAACACCUCCCUUUUCAUUUCUUACUCCUUUGUAGGUAGUCCAAAUGGAUCUGCUUUCCAGCUGAAUUCAGUCACCAGUGCUUUGAUUUCAGGAGUAGUAAUUUUAGGAAUUAUGAGCACAUUUUUUUUCAUAUUUUCCCUCACCCUCCUCCACAGAAAGUGGUCCAGCAGUAGCCUAGUUUUGAACGGUGUACGAAACCCAGUUUUCAACUAGAAGGAACAAAUCAUUUGGAUUUUCUCUGUGGGAUUGCCAUGAAAUGUGUUCCCUUUUAAGCGUCACCAAGGCGGCAUUCUGCUGCUUUCAAGUUCCAGCUAUUCUUACUUAUAGCCUUAUAAACGCUAUUGUAUAGAUAAUAAGCAGUAAAGGUAAUGAUUGUUCUUUUUUCCAUUCGUGUAUGUGCGUGACAAAGCUAUUUGACAUUUUGCCAAUGGGAUUAUUGAUAACCCAAACGUUUUUAAACCUCCAAGUGGGACUGUAAAGUUUAAAAAUUGCUCAAGGCAGAAACCUUUCCCAAAUGGAUUCAAAUUAUACAAACACGAGCGCUAUGAAACAUGCAUAGUUAAUGAGCUCCUUUGAAAAGGACAACCUUUAUUUUUUCUCUCUUCAGUUUUUCUACAACAUUAUACAUUUUAUGCCAAACUUUUCUGUACAAAAUCUGGCACUUGAAAUAUAGUUUUCAUUACCGACUGGGCUACAAAAAGGAGUUACAAACCAUUUAAAAUAGUAAGUAGUUAAAUUGCUUUGAAAACGCGAUCAAGUGCUGCAGUGAGGUGAAUUCUGCUCUGUUUCAGGGUACCUCCCCAUUGAACAAAGAAAUGGCCACAAUGGGCACAUGGCUGACUUGUGUUUAAUUAUAUUUUGCCUAUGCAAAAAUGUUUUAUAUUGCAAAUUUACGACUGAAUUGAAACUGCUAAUUGUUUUGUGGGAUGUUUUUGGCAGUGCUGAAAAGCACCCUACUGAUUUGGUGUUUUGUUCCCUGGGGUUGGGGUUUCCAGUUGCUUUGAAAACGUUCAUCUAUUUAUUUCCAUUAUACUCUAUUGCUCUCUCUUUGCAUUGAAUUGGUUUACCUUUAAUGAUGUCAUCUCAUAGCCAACUCCAUCUCAUAGUGGCUACAUCCCAUCAUGAUGUCAUCAUGUUCAUCACAUGAUUCCUCACUGGCUACCAUCACCUUUGCAAAUUAUCCAGGAUGCAUUGCCCUCACUCUGAAUCGAUACUGUUGGCCCUCAGUGACAUCAGCAACAAGCCAGAUCUGAUUGGACUCUAUAGAGUCAUAGCAUCAUCCUGUUCACCGCAUGACAACUGAUUGUUGGAAUCACCUAAUCCAAGAGGGAGAAAGUAGCAGUAACAAGAGGAAAAGAAUGAUACUGAAGCAGCAGCAGUGAUUUAGAGAAACAAUGACACUGUGCUGAAAAUACACUUGCAAUGAAAGCAUUGUUCAAUAAAUAUUUCUGUCCCCUGCAUAUUUUUCACAUGGAAAUCUAAAUCGCAGAAUAACCAUUGCAUUUCCAUGCAAACUCAAAUUCUUGUUUCAGAAUGUUUCAAAAUCUUGUUUUUGAUUUUUCAUUGUUAAUUAAUUCAGUCCUCGUGUGAAUACUGGAUCAGAAUUCAAUUCUGAUCCACAAAAGAUGUAAACAUCUUUACAAAAGGUGUUUCUAACUCUUAAAAUAAUUUUUAAAAUCAAGCAUAGGAACCCUAAGGAAAUAAACAACUACCUGCCUUUAAAAAUGAUGAUGAGGAUAAUAAUAAUAAUUAAAAGUAUGCUUCAGACUGGAAGGUACCCAGUUAUUCAAUCCUUAAUGGACCUUAUCUAGAUUCAGUAAAUAGUUUGGUUUUUUUUGCUUAAUUCUAAUUCUCUGUCUGGGAUGAAGAGGACCUUCUAUCUAGGACUUCAGUAACCUCUUUUAGGAAUGGAAUAUACAGGAAGGAUUGUCCGGAACUUACCACCGCUAAAGGAAAAGAAAGCAAAUAAUACCCAGUGUCUUCAAAAGUUUUUGAGACUUCAGGACAGUUCCAUUCUGAUCCUAACUAUGAUUAUAUAAAAGCGAUUUUACAUUUUGUAUGCAUGGAAAACACAAGAGGCUGCAAUCCUAACCGUACUUAGGAAAAAGUACAUUUUGGAUUGCCAUCUCUGCAUGAUCUUUACUGCACAAUUUCUCUGUAUACAAGAUCAUUUUUUACGGUCUGUAGAGGAUUUGUUCCUUAGGAAAAGUGGAACAAAUCCAUAGAGUCUAGAAAACUGUGAACUUUGAAGUCUGUUUAUUGCCUUGGGAAAAUGACCUAUUUAGCUAGCCUGAAUGACUCAUUAAUGUAUGGCCUCCUUCUUGAAGAUCCCAGAACUCCACAGUGAAUGCAGACAUUCAACUGGUCUUUCACAGAAGGACUAGUAUAUUUAUGAUAGUGGUGACAGUUUAGGAUAGCCUUCCUCAAUGGGGGACACACACUCUCUCUAUUUUCUUCUUACAACUCCCAUACCCCUGCCCUGACCAUUGACCAUGCUGGCAUAAAGCAUCUGGAGAACCCAGGCUACUUGUGUCUUCAUUAAGUGGUACCCUGCUGCAUCCUUAAAAUUACUGAAAAGAGUAGUUCAGGCAGCAAUUGGGCUUCUGCUCGCUCCCCAGUUAGGUCAUCUGUUUUCUUCCACACCUGCUGCAGAAAUCAGAACUCAUGAUAUGAUGCACAUCAGGUGAGACAGGAACCAGAGAUAAAGACAAAGCUCAUUUGUCUCAUCUCUUGAGUCAGAGGCAGCUGUCAGCAGGGCCAGAUCCAGGUAUGAUUGGUCUCUUGACAAUAGGCAACCUGUGGGCCACUUCCUAUAUUGGUGCCCUUCCAGCUGUGGUAGGUGUCUAUGAGCCGCUAUUUUACAUUUUCCACAAUGCCCCAGAGAACCCAAUGCAGCAUUGCUGUGGGCGGUCUGGAAAAUUUAAGGUAGUAGUUCAUCGUGCUGAGGGCCCAGGCCAGGUGCCAGUACCAGUAGGCCUUGCCAUUACCAACAGCUGUGUGAGGUGUCAGGUCCUGACUCCAGGCCUGGAUAUCAAGCUACAGGAGAAUAUCUGGGUUGUGAACUAACAUGUCUAGCUGCAACUGCCGAACACAUGUGACCAUUAGUGCCAUGGGCAACUUGUUACCUUUAACUGUAUGAAGUGGAUUCUGCCUCAGAUCAACCAUUUGAAUGAUUCCAUUCUCUUUUCAUUUCCUCUCAGCAACAUUAUAUAAUUGUCCUUGAGAUAACUACUGCUUAGGAAAGGAAGCCUUUUAAAAGAAGAACAUACAUUGCCUCCUCACACCUCUAGCUCAUCUAGUAAACUUCGGAUGAGCGGAACCCAAGUGACUUUGUUUCUAUAACCAGGUAUUUAGGAGUAGCACCUUAGAGAUUUCUGUGCAGCUCACCCAAAUAUGUAAGGGGUACUGAUCAUAAGUGAGGCUACAUAAUGGCAGAAUGUAUAGUGGGGUGUAGUUUGGAUGCUAAUUUUAUCUUUCAAAAGCUAGCAGUCUGAGCAAGUCGAAUGGCUGCGUAUUGUACCUUUUGGGUAUUGUCAAGUUUCCUGUGUUAAUUUUGUCUGUCUUUUUCUGUGUGAACUUAACACAAGUGGUUAAUUAUCAGGGCUAUAUGAAUAUCAUGACUAAAUACAGUUAAUAAACAACAACAACCUGUCAUAUCAGUUCACUUUGGACCUCUAAAAUGGCCUAUAAAGUUCAUAAGAUAUCCAACCUGCUAUAGAGUUGGUCUUUCAUAACAACGUUGUGCAUGGUUUCCUCCAGUCUUAAUACCUCAGAAACAUGUUUUUGCACUUCAGGGUUUAGAUCUGAUGACAUGUAAAACAUGAUUGUUUAAUAAAAUAAUUUGGAAAAAAAGUCAGAACAAAGCUUGUAUGAGUCCUUUGUUGAGCAUCAUCAUCAUCAUGCCACAGCUACUCUGGAUGACUUCCCAUAAAAGCUGGAUUUUGCUACAGAUCAUGUUUCAUCAGCAGGUCUUCACAGAGCAUAAGGUAAAUGCAUUUGUGUAGAGCUAUAUUUUAGUGACAGAGCAUCUGCUUUGCAUGCAGAACAUCCUGGCUUCACACCUCAGCAUCUCCAGAUAUGGCUGGGAGAGACACACUUCCUGAAACCCUGCAGCACCACUGCCAGUCAGUAUUGGCAAUGUUGAGGUAGCUAGCUAGAGCAAUGAUAUGGCUUUGUAUAAGGCAGAUGGUGGAUAAAUUCAUUCAGUUCUCAUUUAGACGAGGUGCGAGCCCUCCUGGGUGAUAUCAUCAAUUUGUCCCUUGGCACCGGGAUAUUCCCAGGGGAACUGAAGGAGGCAGUGGUGCGCCCGCUCUUAAAGAAAACAUCAUUAGAUCCUUUAGAUCUAUCCAAUUACCGCCCGGUUUCGAAUCUUCCAUUCCUGGGUAAGGUGAUUGAGAGAGCGGUUGCUGAACAGCUUGGUAGGUUUCUGGAUGAAACAUCGGCUCUCGAUCCAUUCCAGUCCAGCUUCCGCGCUGGUCAUGGGACCGAGACGGCUCUGGUUGCCCUAACAGAUGAUCUCCGCAGGCAGCUGGAUCGAGGCGGGUCGGGGCUGCUGAUUCUUCUAGACCCGUCAGCAGCCUUCGACAUGGUCAAUCACGAACUCCUGGACCACCGCCUUGCCGACGUGGGGAUCCAGGGCACAGUCCUUCAAUGGCUGCGCUCGUUUCUCUCUGGUCGGGGACAGAGGGUGGCGCUUGGGGGGGAAUUGUCAUCGCGCCACUCCUUGGUGUGUGGAGUGCCUCAGGGUGCGAUUCUCUCUCUGAUGCUUUUUAACAUCGUUAUGCGCCCCCUCGCCCAGCUUGUCUGGAGUUUUGGGCUGGGUUGCCAUCAGUAUGCCGAUGACACCCAACUCUAUCUAUUGAUGGAUGGCCAUCCUGACUUGGCCCCAGACACACUGACCAGAUGUCUGGAAGCUGUGGCUGGAUGGUUACGUGGGAGCCGGUUGAAGUUAAAUCCUUCGAAGACAGAGGUCCUCUGGCUGGGACGGGGCGAUAUGGGAUUGAGGGAGCAACUCCCAUCUCUUGCGGGGGUGCAAUUAGUGCCAGCAUCGUCCGUUAAGAGUUUGGGUGUAAUCUUCGAUACCUCCCUCUCUAUGGAGGCGCAGAUUACAGCUAUAACAAAGGCGGCAUUUUUUCAUCUCCGCCAAGCUAAGCAGUUGGCUCCUUAUCUCUCUCGCCCUGACCUAGCCACUGUGAUCCACGCGACGGUCACCUCCAGACUGGAUUAUUGUAACUCGCUCUACGUGGGGCUGCCCUUGAGACUGACCCAGAAACUCCAGCGGGUGCAGAAUGCCGCGGCGAGACUCCUUAUGGGGUCUCCGCUGCGAGAUCACAUUCAUCCGAUACUAUACCAGCUGCACUGGCUCCCGGUGGAGUACAGGAUCAGGUUUAAGGUGCUGGUUUUAACCUUUAAAGCCCUAUACGGCCUAGGACCCUCGUACCUACGGGACCGCCUCUCCUGGUAUGUCCCACAGAAGAACUUACGGUCUGCAAAUAAAAACAUCCUGAAGAUCCCAGGCCACAGAGAGGUUAGGCUGGCCUCAACUAGAGCCAGGGCUUUCUCGGCCGCGGCUCCAAUCUGGUGGAACGCUCUGUCACAAGAGACUAGGGCCCUGCGGGACCUGACAUCUUUCCGCAGGGCCUGUAAGACAGAGCUGUUCCACCAGGCCUUUGGUCAGGGCACAGCCUGACCCCCUCCUCUGGCAAUCUGCACAGAAUCUUGCUUAAUGGUUGCCAUCAAUUUGAUUUUAAUUAAUUUUUAUAAUGAAAGGUUUUUAGAAUGUUGGAUUAUUUUGAUUGUUGUUAGCCGCCCUGAGCCCAGCUUCGGCUGGGGAGGACGGGGUAUAAAUAAAAUUUAUUAUUAUUAUUAUUAUUAUUAUUAUUAUUAUUUAAAGGCAAAUUUACUGAAUUUGUACUUUUAGAAUCAAUACACAAACUGAAGCACAGCCAUCCUUCAAAAUUUGCACUUUUCUGAAUUUUGCAAUGCAGUCCUCCAGUCAAGUAAGUUGCACAUGCUAAAGUGUCAACAGAACUCUAUAUAUUCGUGGCACUAGCAUACAAAAACGCUUUAUUUCAGGGAAAGUUGCUUUGCAAAAAAUGUGAAUAUUAGGAAAAGUUGCACGUAACAAUGUGCACAUUAAGAGAAAUAUGCGGUAAAAUGCUCACAAAAUUUCAUGAGGGCUUUCCCUCACCCCCAAUGCCAACCGGUCUGGAAAUAUGGAGAACUAAAUUUGAGGUUGGGGGAAAAAAGAGAAACCGAGAAAAGAUGAGAGUGACAGAUUUGCCCAUUUCUGCCACAGCUUUUGAAAAAUGCUGAUGUGGUUUGUGAGGCAUGGGGCCUAAGGAAGUACUCAACCCACAAACGUUGUGGAGCAGCUGAGAAGGAGGAUCCACCACACCCCCCUUCCCUGAGUGAGAUGUGAGGUGGCAGGUAAGGAAGGGGUGUGGCUCUGUCACUGUCAUGCAGGGAUAUAGUUGCCACCAGCCUUGGGUGCAGCUGUGAAAAUGGGGCUUGGAGAGCACAGCUGGCCAGUCAGCAUCUGCCACCCCUGUGUGGUGCUAACAGAGCUGCCCCAUGGCUCAGUCACCACUUCACUUCUUCCUCAGGUGCUGCCCCUUCCCCUCCUGCUAUCAUUUGGCACCCAAGUAUUUAUUGCCUCAGGUCCUGCACCUCACAAGCUAUGUUAGCAGCUUCAUCUCUGGGCUACCAAUCUGGCACCCCUGCUUGUCGUUCAGUUCUGUACAGUUUCCUGAUUUUGUUCUUGUUUUUAAUUGUCCUGUUUGUUCAGCUGCUCAGAAUCCCUCUUGUUCCAAUUGCUUUAUGUGCGCUUUGCUCGGCAAGGACUCAUUAGUGAGAUAUUCAGCGCCUAGCUUGUUGUUCUUGUGGCUUUGAUUGACUUUGUUAAUUCUGCUUACAGGUGUAUCUCAGACAGGCAAUAAUCUCUCUUUACGAUGGUAUGCAAAUUGUUUGCUUUUUACUGCCUUCCACUGAGAAAACAACUGCGCUGUAUCCUCCCCCUGGCUGUUUAUAAUAGAUGCCCUUCCCUAUUUCUCCCUGUGAGGGGGAAAAUAUGCCUUUCCACGAUGGUAUGCGUACAAUCUUUUUUUUUUUAUAUAAGAUAGUUAUUGAAGUUUUCAAGAUAUUACAAAACACACACACACAAAAAGAAAAUACAAAGUAAAAAUAUUUAAAAACAAUUCAUUCCUUCCAUUACUUAACCCUCAUUUGCUUAGUUCCAGGACCUCCUCACACCUCCCUUUUUUGUAUUCCAGUUCAAUUAUUUCGUUCAGCAAAUCCCUCCCCUCUUUAUGUAUCCUAAUCAUUAAUCAUAAAAUAUUGUAAUUUUGGAUUUUUACAUAUUAAUAAUCCAUUUUUUCAUAUUCCUUGUAACCUUUCAGCUAAAGUUCACUUAGUUUCUAUCCAACAUCAUUCUAGCAUUCAUUAAUUUUACAAUAUUUCUGUAGAUAGUCUUUAAACUUUUUCCAAUCUUCUGGUAUGCGUACAAUCAACUUAAGCACCUACACAUUUGUUGAUCUGAUGUCGCAGGAAAAAACUGUGCAGUGUGAGUGGCUCAUAAAUGUGUGAAUUGUAAGUGGGAGGCAAAACAUUACAAUGCAUAUAUAUCUUGAGGUUUUAAGCCAUAUUGGAUUAACCAUUAUGACAGUGCACAGGGUCCAAGCCACACUGGGUUAACUUUACUUUGCAAGGUGUACACCUGCUCUGCUCCACCAUUACAUGACAUGAAAACAAUGAUCAGGUUCACUGCAACAGACCUACUUCUGGACUGGGACAGUAACUUCAGUGGUCAUGCAACACAUUACAUUGAGCAUGCAUCUUUAAAAUUUAAAAGUUUGCUGGUCUCUCCCUCCCCCUGCAAAAUUGGCCUGUGAGCCCCUCAUUUGGAUUGGUACCAUGGUGUACAUUGAGGAGUUUAACUCUUUCUACCCCAUACCACCACCUCUGCUGUGAUUUCUCCCAGAGCUGUUUGCCACAAAUAGCACUUUCAGAUUAAAAAAAAAAGCAGCCAGCAAUGGACUCUCUCCCUCCCUCCCUUGCUUCCUCCCUUCCCUCCUCUCUCCCCACCCAAUCAAAUCCUAAGAACCAGGCACACUGGCUGCCCCUGCAACUGAGGUGGCCAUGUGAUGCGCUCAUGUUACCUGUGCACACUGUGCAAACGUCACUGCAGGAUAUUGAGGGCCCCCUCCUUGAAUUUUUUUUGGGGGGGCCCAAGGCCCCUUGCCCCACCCUCAGUUGGUUCCUCUGAUAAGAACUAAAUUUAACAUUUUGCCCCACUGGCAAAAGCUUAACCUGUAUGAUUUCCCCUAUGGGCAAACAGCUGCUUCAUGGUGGGGUGGGGGAAAAAUAGGAAUUUCAACUGAGAAAAUGUGUGUGAAGGUCCCAGGUCCAACCCCUGGCAUAUCCACAAAGGGCAGGGAAAGAUUUCUGCUGGAAACCCCAGAGAGCUGCAGCCAGUCUGUGUUGACAACACUGAGCUUAGAAAAGUGAAGACCCCAGAUUACAUAUGGUACCUUCCUAUGUUCAUAUGACAGCAAUUUUGUUUAUUUACCGUAUUGGCCUGAAUAUAACCUGCACCCGCAAAUAAGUCACACCUUUAAAAUUUGGCGGCUUGGGGAAGACUUGGGAGCCGUGGACAGGAUGGGCACCAUUGCCCUGUGCUGCUUCCUGGGGGUCAGGGGGAGCUGCGCCACUUUGCCAGUGGUGUAAGGUCACGAAUAUAAGCCACACUUUAACUUUUCACAAUCAGAAUUUGGGGAAAAAGUGCAGUUUAUAUUCAGGCCAAUAUGGUACUUAAGUUUGUGGGGACAGACUAGCUCAGUAGCUGAGCAUUUACUUUGGACACAAAAGGUCCCAGUUUCUCUCUCUGGCUUCUUCAACUAGAAGAAACCAAUAGUAUAAUGAAACUUAUACUUGUUAUAAGCCUGCUUUCUGUGUUCUAUUUUCCUGUUGAAGGGGAGGGUUAAAAUCCAUUUCCCCCAGUGCCACAGUCUCAAUCCUCUUUAGGAAGCAUGCUACCACAGGCAACCAGAGAAUAUGUUUAAAUAAAUAUUUGGAAGAAGAAUGGUGUUUUAGCUAAUGCUUUAAACUGGGCAAAGUCUUCUCACUUCAUUUCUCACAUAUCCAGCAGUGAUGUUGAUUGCAUUUAUCACCUGAUUCUCCCAGCUGGUCUCAUGGGCUUCCUAGAUUAGGGCAAGAGAUAACAAGACUCUUGCAUUUUAUUUGGUAGCAAACAGAGAAUAAAAUAUAGCAUCACUAAACUAUCAAAUCUUUGUGACUGAUACAGAGCCACAAUCGGUUUGUUAACAGUCAAGCUAUUUUGUUCCCGAAGCAGCAUGCUUUCAAAUCAAUAUAAGUCUGCAUGAGGGAAUGCUUUUUGCCACUAUUGUACGUCUAAUGCCAGCAAAUUUACUGAGGCAUCAUAUAACUGGAGUCAUUAAGGUUAGUCUACGUAAUGUCGUGGUGUCAGCAGUGCGGAUGUAAGCUCACAAGCUGCUCCAAAUUAGCAUUGCUUAUAGUGUUGUUUAUGGCAGACUGUGGCUCAUAAUUGUGGUGUUUGAGAAAAUACUUCCUUGGCAGUUGUCACACUUCACAUCCAGCUGUCAGGAAAAGAAAUAUAAUAGCAUUAAAGAUCAGCAUUAAAAAUACAAUGAAAGUGUCAGGAAUUUAUGGACCUAUAGGUAAAUAAAUAGUCUGAAAAUUCUUGCCUUUAUUCUCAUAGCUGUUUGAAGGCAUGAGUUUAGGGGGUUUGGGAUUUCUAAAGAGUAGUCAAACGACAUUCUUUUAGGGUGGGAGAGUCAUUGCAGCUUCUAGAUUCUAAAACUUCUUGUUUUUCCAUUUACUAAAAACUCCAGCACUUGAGUGGAUAAAGAACAAUGAGACCUCUUCAGUUUUCAUCCUCUUUGAAUGCACAGACAUACAUGGAUCACGGCUUGCUGGCCAUUAUAUGUGCACAUCUCCAUGACCUCAAACGAUUACUAUAUAGAAUAGAACUCAACGGAAAACCAGAAUGCUGAGAACUCCUGACUGUUACAUGACAUGAGCAUAAUGCUGGCUUUCCUUUCUUACGCAAUGACCAGAAUCAGAAGCAGUUUGUUGCUUAUGGGGAGGGAAAUGGGGAGGGGCAAGGUGAGGGAACAGGGAGGUUGGUGCAGUGCAAAAACACUGGCAGGAACAUCAGGUUGCCUCCAACCACAUGUUUGUACUUUGCCAACCUCCCUCUUGCCUCACACCUCCUCCUCCUGGUAAGCAACAGUGACACACCUGCCUAGAACUUAGUGUAGUGGCUCUGCACCAUCCCAUUAAUCAAUUCUGACAGUAAUGCUGCAAUAUAGUGUAUAGCAACACACACACACACACCACUAUAGCAGAGGUAUCCAAACUACUGCCUCCUUUUCAGAAAAAAAUUACUCAGUGUCCCUGGAAAUCUACCUUCUUUAAGCGAACAAACAGAAAGAUGCAGUGACAAAUUUGCAUUCUCUUAUGUGCCAUUUUGUGUGUUUAUUUGGAAAAUAAAGCAAACACUAUAACUUUAACUCUAAGUUGCAUCAGUAAGCGUCAUUAUACAACAGAUGAAACAUGUACAAAUGAUUUUUCGAAUCUUUCUUCUUUUAUUUCUUUAUGGUUCCACUGCCCCUUAUUUUUAUUCGACACCCCCAAUUGCACCUGGGACUUCUACCGCCCCUGUGGAUUGUUUCAGUGCCCCCCUUGGGGGGGCAGUAUUGUCCACUUUGGGCAGCACUGGUCUACAGUUUUAGGUAGUUUGUUAAGAUAUAUAUUUUUCUGUGAGUGUUUAGAGGAGAAGCAUGAUUAGUGUUAUUAGUAAUUGUUAUUCAGUUAUUUUUUUUUUAAAUAAAAAAGCAUUGUGUUAUUUUUACAGAUGCUUUGCUGCAAACUGCCUUUUGGAUUAUGCAAAGGGUGGCAUAUAAAAUCAUGUAAAUGAAUAAAUUAUGCCCCAUGGCAAUUCUUUCCACAGAUACGAUAGCACCCUUAGGAUGACUGGAUAUUGUUUUUCAUUAUUAGUUUAUUUACUUAAAAUAUUUCUAGUUCAUGGGGGGAAUGGAGGCCUACCACUAAUAACAAAAUGUAGCUUGACUAUUUGAAAAACAAACUAAGAAACGGUAUCAAUCAAUAGCCUGUACUACAAUCCUUAAAUCAAAGGUACACUGUAUUUGUUGGAAUAUGCAUACGUUGGAAGGUAUAUCAUAUAGGGCAUUUGACCUUGUCUUCCUUCUCCAUACCUUUCCAUUCUGUAUGGAUAUCAUUCUAUGUUUCGAAAGUCUUGAGCCUCAAAGCAAUGUUUGUUCUGUAAGGGCAGAAAAAAGUUUCACAACAAAUUGGUUUGGAAUUAUUGAGUUAGUUUUUACCCUUUAGGCUGGGAUCUUUAUGAAUGAAACAACAGUGAAUGAAAGGGUGGAAAACCCUCAAAACAAUCUAUAUCUCUGUAGAAUACCAUAAAAGCAAAUAUUGCUGUAGGGAGGAAAACCCAUAAAAAUCACAUCAGGAGUUUCUCAGUUGUGAAAUUCAAUUACAGAAGGGUUUUGCUCCUGUCUACAGUGCCAAUGAUUUCCAUAGCAUCUUCUCAUAUAAAAGGCUGGAAAGGGGAAUCAUUAGUAGGUUUUGCAUUGCAUUAUGGUGUGUUAGCAAAUAGUAGCAGAGCCUAACCAUACAAUUCAAGGCCAUCUAUAGAAUUGGUUUGCAGAAUUUCUAAGCAGCCCCCUAACAUAAGUGAGAGCAUCACAUACAGACCAUUCUUCAGUUGUCUAAUAGAAGGAAUAUAUUUUUUGUGUCAAGAACAGGGAGUUAAGGUAAAGGAAAUGAUCAGUAAUAUACUGGCCACCCAAUCUCUGCCAAGUGGUAGCAAGAUUCCAGGGGUCUUGGCAGUUCCCCAGGGUUGUGUUGAGAAAUCAAGGCACAAUAGAGACUAGUGUCUUUCUAAAAUAUGGGGAGGAACUCCACCCCACUCCUUGUCUCCUGAGGAAGCUGGCUUGACUUCAAACCCCACAUAUACUAUUUCCAGAAAAUAUGGGGAGAACCUGGCACUCAGGAAUUUUAGGGGAUCCUUGCCCCCUGAAAACCCACAUCAAUACUGUAAAACUAAGUUGGGGGUGAAACCUUUCUUUUGGUUAAUCUAGCUAUUGCUGGAGCGGGUGUAUCUGAACAAAUCUAAGAAGAAGCACACCGUUUGUACAAAUCUGAGGGUUUUAUAUAUAUUAAAAAGAAUUGUGUACUUUGUUUCUUCAAAAUUGAGCCUGGCCCAUGUGCUGCCUUCCUGAGAAGCCACCAACUGGUCCAUGCGACCAAACUUCAGGCAAGAUCUGUAGUGAUUGCUGUUAGGUUGAAACCAGUGGCAAUGUUUAAUAGCAUGAGUUGUGUUUUUGUGUGCUUAAUGACAAUCUCUCACCCGGCUGAAGGUGCUAUGUGAGUGGCAAGAAAUUGUUUUGCUAUUUAAAAUAAAAAUCCCCAAACCUGAGAGAAACUUCUAUUUCACUGUUGUUGACACACUGUGAGACUUUUGAAUGACUGUGAUGGGAAGUGUCCCCAGAGGUGGUUAAGAUGUCUGGGGAAUGAUUCCAGCUGAGAGAAACUUAGGGCUGGCCACAACGAUCAGAUGUGAAAAGCUGGAGCUGGGCUCAUUCUGGAGUGGUGCACCAACACAACACUGGUGUGUUUUGUUUUGAGUGCAAAUUUGGAUUAAGGGGAAGUGGUGGCUGCGGUGUCAUAUAUAUUUUUUGGACUCUUCAGGACAAAGAGGUUUAUACCUGAAGAGAUGUUUUGUUCUGUGCAUUUCACAUACCCUUAAACAUUCCUCAGCUGAAAAUAUGGACAUAUUCUACAUCAGUGUCCCCUCUCCCACCCCGUGCCUCCUCCUCAGAGGCUGGGGCAGGGACACAGAUGCAGAACAAAGGAAACUGGAGCCAGGCAACCAUAAUGGAUGCUCUUCGGCGUCCACAAAUGCUCAGUGCCCCUAGUAGCCAUGGCAACAGCCUCACAGACAGGCUAUGCCCCAACCACUCUGCCACCCACCACUUUAUGGGAGACUUUAUGUGAGUGCAAUCCUAAACAUGUCAGCCCACUGAGCUCAAUAUUUCUAGGUUAGUGUGUACAGGAUUGCAGCAACACUUUUCAAGUAUUCACAGCCUAAAAACCAUGGAAAUGCAAGCAUAUAAACAAACUGAGUGGGGAAGAGCAUAUCCUCAGCCUAAAAGCUGUGGUGUGCUCCAUAUGCAUUUUGUUGGUGAGGAAACAUGGAUUUGCAUGUUUUUUUCUCCAUAAAAAAGAACCACAAAGUGUUUCAUAGCACAAAUGCUUUCCCUAUAGUUUUGGUUAUUUUAAUUUUUUAAAAUCCACUCGGUAUGUUAUUCUGAUGUUUCCAGGUGGAAAUACCAGGUAUCAUGUAAGUAAAUCAAAAGUUUUAUUUGAAGAGAGAUAUCUUCUAGGUGACACUCCUGUUGUUUCUUAUAACAAUAAACUAUUGCUAGAUAAUUGAGAGUCAAUAUUGUUUUCAUGAAAAGCCAUUGAUGUUUUUCUGGAAAUAGCUUCUCUUCAUUCUCUCCCCUCCUCCCUGCUGGGUCUGGAGAGUUUCCUUUUAUUAUCAGAGACCUGCUGAUGAUUGAUUCUUGGAACUCAAAAGUGACAUUUGAAUAGUCUCAGCUUCUCUGACCUAUUUCCCAUAAUUGCCUGAUAAGGUAUACCACAAUGGUUUCUGCUUCGGAACAACUAUAUCUGAAAAAGGUGGUGUUUUUUUGUUUUUAUCAAGGGGACUUUAAUCUCGCUUCUGCCGGUUGGCAGCUGUGUUUUACUUAAAACUUGAAAGGGAAAAUUUACUUCAUUGCAAGCCAAUCCUGACAUUAUUCAGGAGUAAGUACUACCGAUUUGAAUGAGACUUGCUUCAAAGUAAAUACCUGUUGUCUCCAUUAAUCAAAAUAUAUCACGGUUGCAAGGGUAGCCACUCUUUGCUUGGACAUUAUUGCAAUACAUUCACUAGCUAUAUAUCCAUAUAUAUAGUGUAGGUUAUGGCAGUUAGGCCUUGGGUUGAAUAGCGGUGGAUCUACACACAGGAAAAAAUGCUAUAAAUAAGUCAUAAAUUAAAUCAUUAUAACCAAAGGGGGGAAAACCCCUAUGUAAAAUCUCAUAGAAAAAUUUUGUGCUCCACAGCACCAUCUGGUGUUGCAUGUUUAUAACACAUUUGAAAUGCUGUUUUUUGACUUAUGCAGCUGAGUCCUAGGAAUUGUUUGGGUGAACUCUGGUUGGACUUUGGGUGCUUCUCAUCUGGUUGUCCUUUUUCAUUUGCUCUUAACUGGAUUGGCUUUUGGCAAGUUUAGGCUUUUCAGUUUGGCUGCCAGUUCUUGUCAUUCAUGGCUGACAGAAUUUCUUCUUCAUCCUAUUAAUAAAUACAACCUUUUCACCAAUUCCAAUCUUGUCUUCAAUCCAUGUAUGGGACAGUUCAUUUCAGAAUUCACAAAAAUUAAAUUCUUCAAGCACCCUUACAUGAAGCAUGUGAUAUCAUUUUGCAUGGUCUGAUUUUCUAACAUGGCUACUUCAGGAUAAUGAGAACAAUAAUGUGAGACUAAUGAGUAAUAUUUGCCAGACACAAACUUUGUACAAUGUUCCAACUUGCCAUAGCUGAUGAACAUGGACUCUUUCCAUUGUCCAACCUGCUGUUUUGGUAUGUGUUCCUUCUUAAAAGUGUGCAGAUCUAUCCAAUAUGGGACUUACUUGACUCUUAAACUUUUUUGUAUCAGAUGCUGGUUAUGUAUUCUCUGAAAAAUGCCAUUUUGCAGAAGUUCUGCACUAUCAGUCUAUAUCUAUUCAACAACAUCUCAUCAAUUACGGGUAGCUGUGCUUUAAAUUGAAAAUAUGGGACAGGCACCCAGUGCACUAGCCUUUGGUAAUAUAUUUGAUUGCUUGCUGCAGAAUGAUGUCAUUUGUUUUGACUUCUGACACAUUUUCUCCAAAUACUGGGCAGCUUUUCUUUAUCAAAGUUGACAUGGGUAAUAUCAAAUUCCCCAUCAUUUUCUCUGACAGUACUGUCAAGUGCCCUGGAUAAUGUGUCUCUCAGAUCUUUUCCUGGCCUGUACUCAACAGUUAAGCCAUAUAACCGAAGUUGGAAAAUGAAUUUGUGGAUCCUAGGGGACGACAUCUGCCAGCCCUAUCAUUGCAACAGAUAACAGAAGCUUAUCAGUUUCUGCAACAUCUGCCCUUGCAUAGAUGAGCACAUGACAAUUUUUGCACAGAUAUGCCAAGGCCAAAGCUUCCUUUUCUAUCAUUUGUGUUGGCGGCGUUUUGUGAGAGCUCUAGAAGCACACACAACCAGUCUCCAAAAUUUGUUGUUAUUUUUGCAACAGUGUUGUUAAAAUUCCCUCUUUUGAGGAAGAGGUUGACAAUUUGGUUUAUCUUUUAUUAUCAAAAUUAAUUUAGUCUAGUGAUUGUUUUGAUUGAAUGAUUGAUUGAUUGAUUUAUCGAUCUAUUUGUGGCCCAUUUUCAGUGUCUUUUUCCUAGGUAUAGACUGCUUAGACUGGGGUCUGAAGUUUCCUGUGUGACCAGCUGUUUGAUAUCAGCUUCAGUCAGUCAGUGAUGAAACCCUGGCAACAUCUGAUUUUACACUGGCCCAUCAUGGCCAUGCCUGGGGGUGGUGUGUUGGUGGCGGACCUGAGACCUGGCUUCACUCAGGUGCCUCUCCUGGGCAACAAUCUCAUCUGCAGCAUCGGAGGCAUGAAAUACUAACACAAAUGUGCUCACACAACACAUUUAAAUCUCUAUCGGGCUCACGUGUUUAUUCUCACCAUGAUUUGAAUCCAGCUGCCAGCUCUUAUUCUUCUGUUCUCAAUAGAAAAAUGAUUCUGCUUUACAUUUUGGGAAUCACUUUGAUAGCAAAAUAGUUGUCAGUGAAGCUUCCCUUUUGAGCCAAAUAUUGCUAAGUAGCUCUGAUAAAAGUUUGGGCAUAGUUUUCCUCAGUUUUCCUCCAGCAAAAUGUUCAUUUGCCUGUUAUCAAGGAGGAAUAAAUGAGGCAUUACCAUAAUAAUUUUUUCUCAUUGAAAUAAAGACUGAUCUCAUUAAGGUAUGUUUCCACAGAAAUAAGCUAGGCACUAGCAAUGAUCUAUUUUACCCACAAAAGAAAACAAAACAAAACUGCCUCUUAAAAAAACACAUUUCCAUUUGUACUCAACUAUUUUAAGAAAGCAAAAAUCAAUGUAGUUUAAAGCAUUUUUGUUUGCAAAUUAAACUCCCAUAGAAUCAGGUUAAUUGAAAAAUGUUUAUUUGCUAAGAGGCUGUAAAAUUAAAGUAGAAAAGUGAUCAAUGUUCAGAAAUGGCACCUCAUUUUUACUGAGCCUGUCAGUAAAAUCAAAUAAGGAGUUUGCACCUAAGACACACCCAAAGUGACUUUAGUCUAGAAGUGUCUGCCUAAAGCCAAUAUAAUGACUUGCAAAUCCAUUAAAGGUUUAAGUCCUGUUCAUUCAUCCAAAAGGAUGCUGUUGGUGUCAAGUGUGCUCUGGGGAAGUAGGGGCACACAUAUGAGUUUCACUCCCAACAUCCUCCUCUGCCACAUGCUUCUCUGGGUAUUGAAAGUGUGAGCCAGUUUAGCAUAGUGAUUAGAGUGUCAGACUACGACCUGGGAGAGCAGGGUUCAAAUCCCCACUGGGCCACAGAGCUCACUGGGUGAGAUGUUGUUUGCAGAUGACACAGCCUUGAAGCACGCUUUAGGGAAACUCGACAGAGAGUCAUCAACCAUUUUGCCUAAACUGGAGUUUGGCCUGACCACCAGCCCAACAGAAGCCGGCAUCCUGGGUCAGGACAUCACCAGCACUCCACAUAUCAGCAUUGGUGACCAUACGUUUGAGGUGGUAGACGAUUUUGUCUGCUUGGCUCCACCAUUACCAGCAACCUUUCUAUUGAUGCUGAGCUGGGCAAGCGCACAGGUAAGGCAACUACAGCAAAGGCUGGCCUCUCCAAAAGGGUUUGGGAGAAUGGUGCUAACUACCAAUGCCAAUAUGAAGGUCUACCAGGCUUGAGCAUGCUGCUUUAUGUGAGUCAUGGGCAACUUACACCUGCCAGGAGUGACACCUCAGUGCCUUCCAUAUGCACUGUGUCAGGAAGGCUUUGGGCAUCACAUGGCAGGACAAAGUCUCAAACAAAGAUGUGCUCUUCCAAGCCCACAUUCCCAGCAACAUCUACACUGGCUUGGUCAUGUAAACAAGAAUGGAAGAUAGUAGGAUCGGGAAAUGUUUAAUGGCUAAUGUUUUACCAUUUUUUAUGUGCUGUAAGCCACCCAGAGUGGAUGGGGAAACCCAGCCUGAUGGGUGGGGUAUAAAUAAUAAAAUUAUUAUUAAUAAUUAUUAUUUAGGAUCUUCAAGGGUGUGCUCUAAUGGAAGCUGGCUUCAGGCACCAAGCCCAUUAGCAGAUCAACCCUGGCCCUGUAGGCAAACAUGAUAUGCAGGCUGGCAACAUUAAGCCCACUCAGUGGGAAUCCCUUGCAAACAACCACAGUGGCUGAAGAUAGGUAGUCAGGUCAUGUAUCCACAGCAGUGACUAGAGGAGAAAGGACUGUUGGGAGGAGGGCAUGGUGCCUUUGAAGCAGUGAAUCUGGACACCUUCAUCUGCCCCAGCUGCCACAAAACAUGUCUCUCCUGUAUUGGUCUCUACAGCCGCAGCAGGCACUGUAACUCUCCAAUGGUUUGACUUUACCCCCAAUGGCACAUUCUUCCAUUGUCUCUUGAUACAGACAGAUGCCAACAAUUAGAUGGUAGGAAGAGAGCUGCCUUAUAUCGAGUCAGAUCUUUGGUCCAUCUAGCUUAGUAUUGUCUACACAGACUAGCAACAGCUCUCUGGGAUUUCAGACAGGAGCCUCUCCCAACCCUAAAGGUAAAGGUAAAGGGACCCCUGACCAUUAGGUCCAGUCGUGGCCGACUCUGGGGUUGCGGCGUUCAUCUCGCUUUAUUGGCCAAGGGAGCCGGCGUACAGCUUCCGGGUCAUGUGGCCAGCAUGACUAAGCCGCUUCUCGUGAACCAGAGCAGCACACAGAAAUGCCGUUUAUCUUCCCGCCGGAGCAGUUACUAUUUAUCUACUUGCACUUUGAUGUGCUUUCGAACUGCUAGGUGGGCAGGAGCAGGGACCGAGCAACGGGAGCUCAUCCUGUCAAACUGACGACCUUCUGAUUGGCAAGUCCUAGGCUCUGUGGUUUAACCCACAGCACCACCCACGUCCCUCUCCCAACCCUACCUGGGGAUAAUGAGGAUAGAAGCUGGGACCUUUUGCUCGCAAGGCAAAUGCUCUACAAUUGAGCUAUGGCCUUUCCAUGUUACUGCAGCAGUAUAUGUAAUCUUUUCAAUAUGCAUUCAUCCCACAAAACUUUUUUAGCAUUUAGAAGCUGACUUCUGUAUGGGCAGAACUGAUUUUAUGAGUCCUUAUCAUGCAUUUGUCAGCCAUCCAGUAUUUGGGGGUGAGUAUCAGGUAAUAAUAAUGUGCACAAUUUGCCCAAUCCACAUGGCAGAGAGCAUUUUAACUUGGCAGCAGUGCUAUGUGAUGCACCUGAAAAUAAGCAGCUGCCGUUGCAAUUUCUGUAAUGUCAAAAGGGCACCUUCUGCCACCUGGAACAAUUUGGAAUCAAGUUUGAAAUCAAAUAUACCUUUUAUUCAAUGCCACUUUUCAUUUAAUUUACAGAUGCAGGAAAUGCAGAAACAGCUGUAAACAUCUCUUGUGAAAAUAGUGUCAAACAACACAAAAUCAUACUAAAUGCUGAACUGCCGUGAACCUAUUAAAUGCAUUGCUUCAGAGUGUUUUGAUAGCUGCUUGGAUGAAUAGCUUUCCAAAGUGAUUUCAUCUGUCAGUGGAACGCAAGCAGCUAGCCGAUAACAAGGAAGGCAGCUUACCUGUUUAAAAAAAUAGUAUGCUGUUCAAUAAAAGACCCUUGGGAUACAGAACCAAGGAGAGACCUGAUCAUUCUCCGUGGUUUGUGGAGGAGGUAUCUGCUGGUCCCCAUGAAUGCUGAACUACAGUGAAGAGCAGCUAUUAUUUUAUUUUAUUUUUUUAUAAAUAAUUUUUAUUGUUUUUUCUUUUUUUUAAACACAAAAUAUAACAACCUUUCAAAUACAUAUCAAAUACAUUUGCUCCACUGAGCUUGUGACUUCCCUCCUUCCCUUCAACUGGUUUUCCAAUUUCUAAUAAAUUGUAGGCGCAUUUUAACUGCCAGUUUCUGUCCUUCAAUAUAUAUCAAGUCCCUUUUCGUCCAUGAUCAGAUACUAUUUUUGCAUUACGUUACAAGAUUUAUUUCAGUCCUGCUAGUGUCUUCACAUUUUUGCAAUGAUCUUUCAAGUACUCAAUAAAUUUACUCCAUUCUCUUUGGAAUUUCUGGUUGCCCUGGUUCCGGAUCCUAACAGUCAGUUUGGCUAACUUUGCAGAGUCCAUCAUCUUCAUCUGCCACUCCUCAAUCGUUGGUAAUUCUUUUGUCUUCCAUCUUUGGGCUAACGAAGUCCUUGCUGCCGUUGCGGUGUACAUAAAUAGUCUUUGAUCUACUUUUGCAAUUUCUUCUCCCAUCAACCCAAGUAAAAAUGUUUCAGGUUUUUUUGGGGAGGGUAUAUUUUAACAAGCUAUUUUUAUUUCAAAGGCUCCCACCUCAUAUUUUGCUUGAAUUGGGAAUUGUGGCUUUGUUUCAGCUUUCCAUGAAUCCAGGGCCACAAUCUGAACACAAAUAUUAAAUGUUUUGACAGAGACAACGGUGAUUUAUUUUCUCUGCUGUAAAUAAAAUGUUUCUUAGAUUAGGAAGAAGCUGUGUAUGGACUGUUAUUUCUACACCCACACAAGGCACACGAUAUUUUCGCGAUACUCUGCUUGAAGCUGGGCAAAGUCCAGAGGCACAAGGAAGCGUGCUGGACAUUUGAAUCUCACAUGUUUUCAUUCAUUUGUUUAAGCUUUAUUAAUAACCCCCAUUAAAAUAAUGCUGGACAUAGGUUGGAGAACAUGAGGAGAAAGGAGCCACCAUUUCCCACUUCUGCCUUGACAAGUAUCAUGGACCAGCCACCAGUGUAAGCUCCUUGCAGCUCACCCAGCAGUAGAAAUUGGCAGGCUGGAAGGGGUGCACUGUCUAUCCCUUGUAGGGGGUGUUCUGCAAACAUCACACCAGCUUAAAGUCAGGUGGGAAGAACAGGGCCUGGAGCUCAAAGCAGUACUGAUGAAAGAGAUGAGCUCAAGUGCGGAUGUGUAAGAGAGGCAAACUUGGACAAAACGUCUAUACAGGAGAGAUGUCCUGAGGCCGGCAAGAAGUCUCAAUGCAAGAGGGAAGGCAUGCAGGAAUCCCUCUCAAACCCUGGGAAAUGCAAUUGUGUGUCAAGACCCCGAGCCCCCUGCCCUGAAGAAUAAUGACACAUCAACACAGUAUAGUAGGUUAAUGGUUAAUGGGCAAAAUUUAGGCCACAACUUUAUUGGUUAUAGAAUGUGAAUGGUAUUGGCUUAGGCAUUAGAAAUGAGCAACUAUAUCUGACUCCUGUCCACCAUGCAGGGAGUCCAGUAAGGGUAAACCACCAAUAGGGGGAGCCCUGCUGAUGCACAUCGACCUGAGCUCCCCCAUGGUUCCUGAUGGGGUUGUGGCAUGGCCCUAGCCCCUCCGCGGGCUUCGGACAAGAUCAACACCCCCGGAUCCCUUUAAUGGAAUACCCUUCAACACGGAGGGGCAGGUUAUGGCCACACCUCCCCUCCCCAAAACAGAGACAUACCAAUGCCUAACCGUCAAACCUUACAAAAGUUGUGACAAUUGCUAUGAGGUAGCUGAAAACCAAAUGGCCAGUGCCAAUUUGCCAAAUGGGAAAAUUCCUACCAGGCCCCUCAACGGCGACCAACCGCCAAUGCUGAAAACCUGAAAGGAGGGAGGGAGGGAGAUCCGGAAAGGCAAGCCAGAGGAAGUUCCCUGGCUCACGCUGGAAUUUAAAUAGACCGGGCCAUGCCCCGCCCCCCCCAGCCAGCCAGAUUGGCAGGCCAGGGCAAUGAUGUGGCCGGGACCUCCGAUGACACGGGACAUUCCCCACGUCCCCAAACCAGUGGGAGGCCAUGUGGUCCAACUGCAACCCCACCCCACCCGGAAGCAGAGCGGAUUUUUCACCUCACAGAGCAAUAAUUCUCAGCACCCUUGUUAAACUACAGUUCCCAGGAUUCUUUGGGGGAAGUCACAUGCUGCAAAUGUAUGUUGGGUGUGUUUUAAAAUGUCUGGUGUGGAUCUGCCCAUAAUGAGCAAGCCAGCACUAUAUUUGAUCACUUUAGAUGCUACAAGGUAAUGAGAAAAGGAGACAGCCAGAAAAAGAGAGAAAGACUGGAUUUUUUUUUUAAAAAAAUAAAGUCAGUCAGUCGAGGCACAAAGAAGCAAAUGGUGAUAUGGAGUUGCAUAUACAAUAAAAUCAAAACAGUCGCCCUUUUGCAAUUUUGUAAGCCUUUGUUGGGGGAUACAGCUGUCAGGAAUGGGGUCAUAAGAGCUACCAGCAAUGUGUGUUCUUCUCUUUCUACGUGUUUUUUUAAAUGGUUUGGGAUGGGAGUGGAUAAUGUCUGAAUGGUGCUUGGGACACUCCUGUAAUGCAAUGGCGGAGGAAGAGGGCUGCGGGGGGAGCGCACCGUCCCCAGCAGCACAAUCCCGGUGGGGUGCCAUCGUGGCUGUCCCCCCGCCUGCACUGGGUGCCACGCCCCCACAAGCAGCGUGCCACGCCCCCAGGAUGAGACCACGCCCUUUCGGGUGGUGCGCCACGCCCCCGGGACGUGCACCAGCCCCAGCCCCGCCUGCUUGAAGCUCUGCCACUGCUGUAAUGCAAUGUUACUUCAGCCUGGGCUGAUGUGAAUGUCAGUGCAGGGCUGUAGGCCAUGAUAUUGCAUUGCCACAAGACUACCAACUUUUCCUUCCUUGCGAUUUGGGGCUGGGUGCACAGCAAGUUCUUGGAAUACACUGUAAAAUAAACAAGUGUGUGAACACCAGAACUUGGCAGCUAGAUAUUAAAGUAUCUCACAGCGUCUAGAAGAACAUCCACUUUUGUUCACACAGAUAACAAUAAUACCAAUGUCUGGAUGAUAAUCAAGCCCUAAAAUGUGAUUGUUAAGACAAAUUCAAGGUUAUGGGAUAUUGCAUUUUAGCAGUGCUAUUUUUCUAGAAAAAGAGGAGCGGGAAUUCACCAUGAAGGCCUCCCGGGUUCUUUUAUAAUGGCAAUGGCGCCCAUCUGAGAGAUGCCAGAACUGAGUUCUGGUGAGUACCAGUUGAAAAAAAGCACUGCAUUUUAGAAUAUACAAGGAAAUAAACAACAGGAGUGGAGAGAAGUGCAAGGAAUGAAUACAGAAACAUAAAGAAAAGUUCAUUUCUAAGGAUAUACUGCCACCUUGCAACUUUUAUAUUAAGUACAGCAACUCAAGAUCAUUUUUGAAGGUGAGCUACCCAUCAAAGAAAACAUGAAGUCAACAAGAACAAUGUUGUACGCAUAUAUAAUAUUAAAUAGCUUCCUUGGCUAUCCAGACUUUCCUUUUAUUAGAAACUUGAUUCUCCUUUGCUUUGCACUAUCCUGAUAAAUGUCUUAAAUUAACUGUAAAAUUACAGCUCAGACAUUAUGUUUUGGGUGUGAAUAUCUGUCUCUGGUAAUCAAAUUAAGUUUCUGGAGAAUAUCUGUGUUCUUCUAGUAUCAUACUUUGGAAAACCCCGAAGGCAAUGCAAUUCAAAGCAGCCUCAUCAUACAAAGGUUCGUAGCUGAACUCUUUAUAAGCACUAUGCACUUAUGACGGAUGAAUCAUGGAUGAAGGUUUACUUAACACUGCCAUCGUGUCUUCUUUCUCCUUACUGCUACAACAGAUAUGUGUACAGUUCAAGACACGGUCGUUCCCAUUUCACAUAAAAUUAAAAUCUAACCCUAGACUUCAGGUGGCCAAUAUUACAGGUACUUAACCUUUCUACGGAAUUUUUUCUAUUUCAUAUCAGGCAGGCUUGGAAGUUUCAAAGUUUUUAGCUUUGUUUACAAAAUUCAAGUAAAAUAAAGAUGCUAAAUUAAAGCACUCCAAUUCAACCAUGUUUAAUGCAAAUUACCCAAAUCUGCAUAAAUAUUUUCCCUCCCUAGAAAACCCACUUCACUGGGUGGAGCACAUAGGUAGCAUGCAGGAAUCCUGGGUUCCGUCUCUAGUAUCUCCUGGUAGGCCUGGAAAAGACUACUCUUUGAAACUCUGGAGACCCACUGCCAAUCAAUGAAUGGUCCAAUCAUCUGACUCAAUAUAAGACACAGUAGUACCUCAGGAGUGUGGGUUCGAGUGGGCAGGGUUAGGGUUAGGGUUGGGCAGGGUAUAAAUAAAUUAUUAUUAUUAUUAUUAUUAUUAUUAUUUUAUCACAUUGGGCAAAAAGAUUGCUGCAUUGCAGGGUGUUGGACUAGAAUCAUAGAAUCAUAGAAUCACAGAGUUGGAAGAGACCACAAGGGCCAUCGAGUCCAACCCCCUGCCAAGCAGGAAACACCAUCAGAGCACUCCUGACAUAUGGUUGUCAAGCCUCUGCUUAAAGACCUCCAAAGAAGGAGACUCCACCACACUCCUUGGCAGCAAAUUUCACUGUCGAACAGCUCUUACUGUCAGGAAGUUCUUCCUAGAUGGUGCUUGUGGUCCCUUCCAGCUCCACAAUUCUGUGAAGCAGUGUAAAUGAUGAAGUUCAGUUUGCAAACUUUAAGAGAGUUCUCUUAUCCUGUAGAACUGUAUAUCCCCCGCCAGAAACACAUAGGUUCACUUUUCAUUAAUCUGUUCCAUGCUGUGACCUUCCAAGUAUGGGCAUCCAUCAUAAUAUAUAUAAUAUGGCUUUUUAAAGUUUGGCCUUUGGUUUCUCCCACCUCCCAACCCAGAAGAAGAAGAAGAAGAAGAAGAAGAAGAAGAAGAAGAAGACGACCACUUGGCUUUUUGAAGCUGCUCUUUUACUGAACACUGUACUAAGAAAGGGAGACUUCCAUACUGAUGGCAUGCGUUACUCUGGCCCAGUGAAGUUGAGUCUCAAUGAGCCUGAUUUCCAUGCCAGCAAGUUAAGACCUUUUCAAAACAUCUGUCCUAGAAAUUCUGUCUUGCCAUUUCAUAUUACAAAUAGACUGUAG